AGGGAGGCGGGUGCGCGGCGAUUGGCUGCGGGGCCGAGCGGCGGCGGCGGCGGCUCCCCGAGCCUAGCGCGGCGGGGCCAGAGAGCGGAGCGGACGAGCUCGCUCUGCCUCGUCUUCACGAGAAGCAGCGGCGGCGGCGGCAGCCUCUGGGAAGGUAAGCGCAGCGCCCUCUUUCUCUAGGCGGGGAGGAAGCCCGUUUCGCGCCACCGCCAGCCCUUCGGCGAUCGAGGCAGGCGGCAAACCCAGGAGGCGGCUGGGGGGUGGGGAGGAGGACUCCUUGCCCCCCAUGGCUCCUCUUCCAGCUCCCCCCCGGGGCCGCCAUCCCUCCUUCGGCUCGGCCGUUCUCCGCAUAUUGAACUUGUCGCCCUUUCCUCCGUGGGGCGAUUGUGGGUCUGUGUGUGUGUUUUGGGGGGUGGCGGGAGGAUGAGCAGCGUGGUGGCGGGUGACCUUGUCUGCCUUCCCCAUCCCGCUUUAAUGCACACAUUUUAUUUUUAUUUUUUUUCCGCCUGCCCUUCCCCCGCCCCAUUCUUCCCCUGCCCGGGUCCCCCUUUGCACAAUCCUUAUCUCUGGGAGAGAGACAGCAGCUGCAGGCGGCCGGAGGCUUUUGCACCUCAAAUGUGGCGCGGCUGCCCUUUCCCCAGCCGCCCCAAUAGAGCCGCUUUUUCCUUGCAAGACUUGAGCGGCUCCGAGAGCCCCGGAGCAGCCUUGUGCUUUGGCUUCCCUAGUUGGGCUAGUCCCCCCACCUCCUUCUCCUCGCAGAGGCACCCUGCCCCAGCUCAGCCCCUUCCUGCUGCCAUUGGCUGGGGCCUGGUAAGGAUGGCGGUGGAGGGAAGGGGAAAAAGGGACUCCAGGCUCGUUCCCCCACCUCCUUUUAUGCUCUCUUAACUUGCCGUGCAUUGGAGGCGUGUCGCUUUCUCUCUCUCUCUCUCUCCUUCUCUCUCCCUCCUUUACGGAGGAAGUGGGGUGGGCGCUGCUUGCCUCGAUUAUAACAUAUCCAAAUCGUGCUAGUUUGCCUUGCACCCGUUGCUUCAUAUAUUGAAUAGAGGCCUCUCACACUUUUUCCUUCGGCCAGUGAGUUGCCAUCAUUGUGAUAGGUCGCUCUCGGAUAGCCUUUACUUUUUGAAAGAGAGUUUGUCUGACCCACGGAUCCCGGACCUGAAAUUUCAGCCUUGCAAUGUAGUAAAUAAAGAUGCUUCUCUUCCCGCAGCUCUGCUCCUUUCAUGGUUGAUGGAGAAAAAAAAGAUCAGGGGUGGGCAUAGCCUUAGAUCAACAAGAUGACUAGUACAGCUCCUGCAGUGAUAUAUAUUUUGUUAUUGUUAAAAGUAAAGGAAUUCAUAGGUGCACGUUAUUUUCACUUUGUAAUGAUUUCUUGUGGAGACCUAUAACUGCAAUGUGAAGUAUGUCUUGCACGGUCAUGCUAUUCAUUAACUUGGAUUUAAUGCAUUUUUGGAUGACACUGCUUUUCUGUUACAGUUAUAGGUGUGUUAAUAAUAUUUUGUCAAAUCCUACAUGGGUAGUUCUGUUUACUGCUGCAUUGUGAGGGAUACUGUUAGCCCUGUGCAGAUGUCUGCCAACAAUCCUUCAUGAGUAGAUUGUGCCUUAUACACAGAGGGUGGGCUCUGUACAUGCAAUCUAGGACUUGCAUUUUGUACACACACCGGCAUUGUGCAUAAGGUACAGUCUACACGUGGAAAUCAGGGGUGGAGCUUAUUGCAGCAAUCCCACUUUGCAUGUGUUAAGUAUACUAUUCUGAACGGGUGUAAUGUCUUUAAAUAGUAUUCAUUGGCAGCUAGCUGUGAAAUCGGUUACUUCAGGAAAAACAUAAAUGCCAUGCUUAAGUAUUUGAGGCUGACUAUACAAAUUCGUAUUUUGAGGCUGACUAUACAAAUUCGUAUGCAGUAUUGGUAUCUUUUAAUUAAGAAACAAUUCCAAAAUGUUUAUUAUUUUAUUAUUUUAAAUUGGUCAUAAAUCUAUAUAUAGCAGACUUGCAAAUAGUGAACUGCCUGGUGAUAUUUGUCUAGUAACCACUUUCUGAAAUCACGCUUUGAUGAUGAUAAUAAUAAUUUAUUAUCUCCCCAGCCAUUCUGGGCGGCUUCCAACAAAUAUUAAAAAUACAUUAAAAUAUCACACAUUAAAAACUUCCCUAAACAGGGCUGCCUUCAGAUGUCUUCUAAAUGUCAGGUACUGUAGUUGUUUCUCUCUUUGACAUCUGAUGGGAGGGCGUUCCACAGGGCAGGUGCCACUACCGAGAAGGCCCUCUGCCUGGCUCCUUGUAGUUUUGCUUCUCACAGUAAGGGAACUGCCAGAAGGCCCUUGGCGCUGGACCUCAGUGUCCGGGCAGAACAAUGGGGGUGGAGAUGCUCCUUCACUACCUUUCUUCCCCUCCACUACCUAGUUGGGGUGUGUGAUAGGGCAAAUAUGAUUAAAGCAAUGGUUGUAUUUACCUAGGAGGAAAAGUGAGGGGGACUCAUAGGUGGAACUUGCUCUUUGUGUGCUGUGCUGAGUGUCCAUACUGUCACUAGGAAGUUUGUGAAUAAAGCUGUCCUUUCCCUCUCAAAGAGAGAGGGGAAAAACCUUGGUUGUGGUUCUUAGUUGUGGUAUGUUCUCCCUAGGAAGUAAACUUGUCGCCUACUUCAAAUGUCCCCUUAAGGAAAGGCAACUCUCUUUUAAUUCUCCCAUACCUUUUAACUGCUUUUAUGUACUGCUUUUACUGCUAGGGGCAAGGGAGGAAGGUGGUUAGAAGGAGUGACUGUAUCUGACUUCACUGUUUGCAAGGUCAGAUGCAGUCUACUACUCAGAAUCAAAAUGCUGGAGAUCGUUUCAAUGGAUACUUUUCUUGUUAGUGCAGGUAAGAAUGUAAUCAGCUUGCAUCCUUAAGUCAAUGACCGUUUCUAAAACAUUGUUUACAUUUGUAAGAGUUGUAGCACUAUCUAAGGCUGUAACUAUACACUUCCUUAUUGGAAGUAAGCAUAAGUGAAGUAAAUGGGGCUUCUGAGUAGACAUGUCUAGGAUUGGACUGGAAGUUCCUGAAUACUGGGUAAAUGUAGAAAAUUCACCUAUGGAGAGUCUUGCCAUGAAUUGAGUAGUGUGUCCUGUUAAACAGAUUCAAGCUAAAAUAAGACCUCCUUUUCCGCUGAAGCUCUUAAGAAUAAUGUUCAUAAUAUUUCUUACUGUUCUUAAAUGUUUAGGAAUAGUAUUGCUUGAGGAAUUUGGUUUCUUAUAUUACAGUGCUACCUCUGGAUGCGAACGGGAUCCGUUUUGGAGCCUCGUUCGCAUCCUGAAGCGAAUGUUACACACGACUGUGCGGGUCGCGUUUUGCCGCUUCCUUGCAUGCGCAUGACGUCAUUUUGAGCAUCUGCGCAAGCGGCGAAACCUGGAAGUAACAUGUUCCGUUACUUCUGGGUCGCCACGGAGUGCAAUCCAAAAACGCUCAACCUGAAGCGUAUUCAUCCCAAGGUAUGACUGUAUCUGGCACUACUUACAUUCUUGGAGCACAACCUUGUGCUUCAUUGCUUUAUCAUUAUAAAAGAGUUUAUAAUGAGGUUAAAAUAUAGUUUGGUGGUAGUCUAAUAUUAGAAAUAGAGAAAAUAUAUGACUGAAUUUUCAACUGAUGGCAAACACAUUGGAAUGUAGCCCUUUCAAGAGUUCUUGCCCAUUUAUUCUAUUGAAAAAAACAUUUGCAGAAUCCAGACAGAGGAGGAAAGUGGAUCAGAAAGUGUUCCAUGCUGUGUUUGCAAUAACCUCACCAUUUCUCUAAUGGCGAUAGAGUUCUUUCAAUGGCUUAGAGCUCCACAUUCCCCAUAGUAUAGAGUGUAGGAUCCAUGUAGUAACCGCAGAGACAUAGAUAGAUGUGUGAUGGGUAGCUUGAUUGCAUGACAUUACCUUCUGUGUGGUAUGGUGUGACUAUUUCUGAUAUCAUAAAAUGACUAGUUAGGCUACUAGAGAAGGCAGAUAAUUUAGUUGGGAAGUCCAGGAAGCCAAAUUUAGAUUGCUACAUGGGUUAAGACCAGAUUCUCAUAGUGAGAUGACAGGCAAAGCUGUGAAGUCUCAAUGCAUGAAUGUAAUGCGGGUGUUAGAAUAAAGAAUUUAAAUCAAUUAAAAAACAAGGGAUGUUUUGGGGGAGGGAGCACAUAUGUAGAAUUGCAAUAUGACUCAUUUGCUGGUGCUCCUUCUAAUGCAAAGCUGAUCAGGUUAAGGAAAUGGGGACAAUUUAUUUUCUCAAAGCAUUGAUGGAUGGAUAGAUGCUAAAAUCAGUGCAUUCAAACUGAGAUCUCAGUGUGAAGAUUAAAUGUAAUGUCUACAAAAAUAUGUAGAAACAAAGAGUAAAGAAACAUAUAUGUCUAUUUCCUGAUGAUAAGAGAGCCAAAACAGGUGACUUGUGGCACCUGAAACUGAAAGUAUACUUACAUAAAAAUUAUUGAGAGAACCAAGUAAACUUACGUUGACAGUAUUGUUACUCUGCAUGUUAAAUAAAUCAGGAAUUGUAAGGUAGGGAUGGAGAUCCUGCACCUCUUUUUCUAGUAAAAAAAGCACUGUCCCAGUGUCAGGGGAAAACAAUCACAGUAAGUUUUUGGAGGUGUAUUGUCUACUUCAAUGAAACUUUCAAUGUAUUGUGGGGUAGAAGUGCAACCCCAGAAAAUAUUUUUGUCUGUGGUGUAAGAAGAAGUGUGUUUGACAAUACUCAAACACUAAGAGCCAGAAAACACUUAUUUCUGGGUGUUUUCCUAAACCCAUUUAGAAAUUUGCAAGAAAGUUGUCCUAGGUUAGAGAAAUGUCCCCAAAACAACAUGAUAUGGUUUGUGCCAACCUAUUGACACUUGCUCAAUAAUCAUGAGUUGUUUUGCUCUCUGUAAAACGAAUGAAAAUACUGUCGGCCAAAGUUGUGUCAUUCUAGAUAGAUCUGCUCUGCAACAGUGGGUCCUUGGAGUAGUGAUUGCAAAUUUGGUUAAUCCGUUGUCAUGUAACUGCAAACGUGUUUGAUCUCAGUGUUCUUUGGUGAUGUGUCCCUGACCAUUUUUCUAUGAAAAAAUUAUAACAGUGACUAGGAUAGUAAAUACACCCUAAUGGCAAAAUGUGAUUUAUUUUGGGAGCAUUGUAUGCUACAGAUUUUCUUUUGUUUCCAGUAGAAAAAUGGUAAGUGGUAAGUGCUGAAGUUUGGAGAUGCUGUGUGGGUGAUAGUUUGUGUCCUAGAACAACUACUUUUUAGAUCUGCUUAUUGUGAAUUGCACAGUGAAAAGUGACCCAGGGGGUGCUUUCACCCCCACAAAAUUGAAUGGUUAAAGUGUGCUGUUUUUUUCCUACCUUACUUUGCAGCCUGGCUUCAGCUCCAGAUGAGCUGCCAAGGAAGAUCUUCUUUGCUCAAAGCAGUAUUUGGUUGCACUAGGGUGGGAACUGGGGUAGCUUUUAGAUGUUGGACAACAAUUCCCAUCAUCCCUGACCAUUGGCCAUCCUGGCUGGGAAUGAUGGGAGCUGUAGUUAAUCCUACCCCUAUUGACUAUAAUCUGGCCCAUGGGUUGGAAGUUCUGUCCCACCAUAAUAAAGGAAACAAACUUAUCCACAGAAUUGUUAUACAGUGGUACCUCAGGUUACAUACGCUUCAGGUUACAGACUCCGCUAACCCAGAAAUAGUACCUCGGGUUAAGAACUUUGCUUCAGGAUGAGAACAGAAAUUGCGUGGCAGCAGCACGGCAGCAGCAGGAGGCCCCAUUAGCUAAAUUGGUGCUUCAGGUUAAGAACAGUUUCAGGUUAAGAAUGGACCUCCGGAACGAAUUAAGUAUUUAACCCGAGGUACCACUGUAUGUAGAAAUUCCAGCUAAAUAAGUACUAAAUGCACUGUAUUGUCAGCUCAUUGACUGACAGUUGGAUGGUAUAUAUAAAGUAAAUCAAGGAGCCACCUUGUUGAUAUAAUAAAAUUGACUGGGAAAUGUCAUUGUGAUAAACCCAGAAGCUUAGACACAAUAAAUAAUUGCAGAUUUGGGUUUACAAGAGUUAUGAUUAAAUCCCAAGUGGUGCCUUGAAUUUGAUGUGAAAUAUCUUGUUCAACUGCUUCAAAACAGUGAGUGUAACACCACCAAACUUUCUGCUGAGUGGGAAAUUGUCAAGAAAGUCACAGUUAUAUUUAUAAUGUACUGUUUCUUGAAAUUGCUGUUAAAUUGCAGUCAAGGAGGCUGUAGAAAGAAAUGUGACUUGCAUUAAAAGCUGUACAAAUGAAGCAUCGCUAAAAUGAGAAAAAUAAAAAGCAGAAAUUAUGGCAUAGUAAAUGUAAGUUGACAGUAAGGCAGGCCAAGAAAGUACUUGUGGAACAAACUGAUACUAUUAAAAAGUGAACGCACUAGAAGUAGGAAACUCUCUGGAGAAAGAUGUCAGUAUAAAAGAAAACACUGAAGGAAGGGAAGGAAACUGCAGGGAAGCUAAACAAAUUCUUGAACAUAUGUUAAAUUGCAAGGAUGUUUGGGAGAGAGAAGCCCAUAUGUGAAGCAGUGUUUUGGGGAAGUGAAUUGUGAAGAGCUGUGUAAAAUGGGGAUGAAAGAGGAUAAAGUUGUAGAACUGACUGAAAAAUUAAAAAGAAACUAGUCUUCGGGGUCUGUUGGUGUCCACAUUUCAGUUCUUAAAAGAACUCCAAAGAUCAAAGUAACGAAGUAUAUUUGUAGAUUCCAGAGAUGUUUUCAGAAUGGUGCAAUCUCAAGCAGACUCUGAAAAGCAGAGGAUAUUCCCUAUGUGGGGUUGUUGGGCAACAAAAUGGUAGGGAGACUGAAUGUAAGGAUGUGUCAAGUGAUGCGCACUAACCAAAUCUGCUGGUGGGUCUGAACUGACCGUGGCUGUGAAGAAGCUUAAUUAUAUGCAUUUUUGGUACAGCAUUAACAAAAACACCAUGCACAUCCCCAAACAACUAAUUUCAUAAAUGAUAUUGUAAAGCUGGAAAACAUACAGGAAAGGGCAGUGGGAAGGGCAAUGCAACCCCCUAAUCUACUGCGCUGGAGGGGAUUUAGAUGUCCACCUUGGGCACCUCCAUUGGCAGCAGAACACGACUGGCAAUGGAGGUGUCCACCAAGGGCCAGGGUUAGAAACACUUUCCCACUUGUUCCUUCUGCCCUGCCCUGCCCUAUACAAACAGUGGGGUUGAACUGAGACUGAGUUAUGAAAAUGCCUGGUAAAAAUCUCAUUUCUGCCAUGAACUCACUAUUAUGAAUUUAUAGAAAUAUAUACAGCAUUAUUCUAGUAUAGCACAGUAUUCAGGCUAAAAACAACUCACAAAAUCAGUUUAUAAAACAUACCUAUGCAAUAAUGCAAGGUACAGGCACAAUUGUUAAAAACACCUUAAGGCAAGUGAUCAGACCAUUAAAAAUGGUCCUAUCAGAUCAUGCCUGCUAGAAUAAAAAGUGUCUAAACUGUUUUGCAAAAGGCUGAAAGAGAGGAGGCUUGAUGUUAACUCCCCAAGGCAGGAAGUUCCAUAAUCUGAGUAUGUCCACAACCAAUUGUCUGUCCUCAACUGAUGGGAUGUGGACACUAAAUACUAUUGUCUUAGAUAAGUCACUUUCAGCCUUGGCUUCAGCCAUGCAUCUGCAACAUGGCAAUAAGAACAUUGACUAUAGCAUUACAGUGGUACCUCAGGUUACAUACGCUUCAGGUUACAUACGCUUCAGGUUACGGACUCCGCUAACCCAGAAAUAGUGCUUCAGGUUAAGAACUUUGCUUCAGGAUGAGAACAAAAAUCGUGCUCUGGCGGUGCGGCGGCAGCAGGAGGCCCCAUUAGCUAAAGUGGUGCUUCAGGUUAAGAACAGUUUCAGGUUAAGAACGGACCUCCGGAACGAAUUAAGUACUUAACCCGAGGUACCACUGUACAAGGCUAUUAUAGGCUUGAAACCACUUGCAACCAACCAAGAGACACUUUACACAAUGGCUCUAGGUCUUGAUGCCACCCUAAAAAGUCUCUGCUAGUGGUCUGGAGACAAUCAGGAACAGUCUGAGAUGUGGUGAAUCAGCAAAAAUUGAGUAGGUUUAGGAAGUCUCUGUGGCAGGUUGCUUUUGCUUAAGUUUUGGUGAUUUUUCCCAUCAUUUGAUUCUUUGCCAUUUCUUCACACUAUGUCCCAGACUAUAUACCUGAGUGACCCCUGACCACUUGGAGGGGCUUUUCAUGGGGUGCAAUGGGAAGGGAGGAAGCAAAUCCUAAGCAGCCUUGAACUUAGGGUGUGCCACCAUUGAAACUGAAGUAAAGUCACCAGAUCAGAACAUUUUUUAAAUAGUCAAAUCACUUUCUCCAGCACUUACUGAAUUCCACUACUUUCUGUCCUGGACUGAAAAAAGAGGUCCUCAUCUCUGACCUAUCAGUAUUUUCAGUGAUUUGUUAUGAAGACCUAUGACUUCGUAUACAAAAGACUCUUUGUAUCCACACAAAAGGUUAGGGGAAGAGUUGCAAUAUUUUUUUGAUUAAGGAUUGUCAUCGCAGCUGAUGAGUUUUGUUUCUAGCCUACAUAGCUGGUUUCACAUAUAUCUAAAUUCUAUAUAGGUCCUAGUGAUUGCAUUAUGAUAUUCUUCAGCGAGACAUUUGAACUCACAUUGUAGGUAGUAUUUUUGCCAGACUUGAUGGACUAGGAUGAAAUCUUGUUUCUCUGCAAAACAGGGUUGUCAGCAUAGACUAUAUAAAUUGGUGCCAGUCAGAUGUAAAAUGGAACUAUAUAGAGUUAAUAGCAAUCUUCGUUGUCUUUUGCUCACAUUUGCCUCCUUUCUGUUGUUAAAUAUUUGAAACUGUGUGGCAAGUUAAUAGAGCUGUGUGAGAGAGGUUCCUUUUCAAGGUUCCUUUAUGAAGGUUACUUAUUACUAAUAAUGUUUGAUUUCUUGGGGAGCAUUGUGGUGAGCUUCAGUUGGCUAGUAAUUUGUUGCUUUAGAAUGCUAUCAACUGAUUAAGCCCUGAAAGUUGUAUGAAUCUGAGGAUUGUGGUUAACUACUGUAUCUUCAGGAAUAUGGUUGAUUCCAAGUCACAGACAGGUAAUUUAUUGUGGGGUUUUUUGCUACUCUCUUUCGGAGAGAAGUUUUUCAAGCAUUCAGUGUUGGGGGGGUGGGCAAUCAAUAUUGCUUAGCUUUUUAAGAAGGCUUUCCCUGAAUAGUGAAUCAGCCAUUUUAUAUUGCAUGUUAUGCAGAGUUUUGAAAUUUGAUGCUUUAAAAAUCUGUUUGUAGAUUGUUAUGAAUGUUUGUUGGGAAGCAGUUUAUAAAUCUUAAAUAAAACAUUCUUUAAAACUUAAAUAUGUCUUGGACACUUGUUCAGUGGCAUUAAAAAUACAAAACCAAAUGUUUGUAGCCUCUUUUUUCUGUUUUUAAAAGCAAGUGACUUCCAGUUACUGUAAAAUUUGACACAUUCCAAGUUUAGCUUCCAUUGUGUAUGGAAGACAGUUGGAAUUUAGAUACCCUAUCGAGAGCCAGUGUGGUGUAGUGGUUAAGAGCGGUAGUCUCCUAAUCUGGGGAACCGGGUUUGCGUCUCCGCUCCUCCACAUGCAGCUGCUGGGUGACCUUGGGCCAGUCACACUUCCUUGAAGUCUCUCAGCCCCACUCACCUCACAGAGUGUUUGUUGUGGGGGAGGAAGGGAAAGGAGAAUGUUAGCCGCUUUGAGACUCCUUAAAGGGAGUGAAAGGUGGGAUAUCAAAUCCAAACUCUUCUUCUUCUUCUUCUAUGGCAUGUAUUUUUAGGUAACAAACAGCUUUUUAAUCUGCUUUUGAAUUCAUUUAUUCUGGAAUUGGUUGCCUUGAGUGUGAAAAUUUUGAGAUAAACAUGCUUGACUCUAUAAAUUAAUUUGCGGGGAAGGGGACUGAAUUCUUAUUGAGUUUACGUUAUUAUUGGUUGUUAUUGCUUCUGUGUAGAUCCAAGAUGGUGCUUGGAAUGAAAACUGGGAUUCUUGAAUACUACUAAUCUGUGGAACACAACAACAUGCAACCCGAAAUGUCAGUUGUAUAUCACACACUUCAAUGGGUUGGCUUUUCCCAUGCCACCCUUACAGCUUGGGAACGAAUAAUUUUGAUACUGGAAAAACUCCACUUAAUAGGUGUUACGCCUUCAUUGCUUUAAGUGACUUCUUGUAAGUCAUGAUUUGUGAAAAUUCUUUGCAUGGCUUUUAAUGCAGGCAGUUUUAACCUUUAAAGCCCUAUACGGCCUAGGACCCUCGUACCUACGGGACCGCCUCUCCUGGUAUGCCCCACAGAGAAACUUACGGUCUUCAAAUAAAAACAUCUUGAAGGUCCCAGGCCACAGAGAAGUUAGGCUGGCCUCAACUAGAGCCAGGGCUUUUUCGGCUGUGGCUCCGAUCUGGUGGAACACUCUGUCACAAGAGACCAGGGCCCUAUGGGACUUGACAUCUUUCCGCAGGGCCUGCAAGACAGAGUUGUUCCACCAGGCCUUUGGCCAGGGCACAGCCUGACUCCCUCCCUCGGCAAUCUUCGUGGAGCUCUGGCCCAAUGGUUGCCAGUGGCUUGAUUUGAAUGAAUUUUAUAAUGAAUGAUUUUAGAGUGUUGUUUAUGCUGUACUUUUAUACUGUUUUAUUGUUGUUAGCCGCCCUGAGCCUGGCUUCGGCUGGGGAGGGCGGGAUAUAAAUAAAAUUUAUUAUUAUUAUUAUUAUUUUCCUUUAUCUGUGUACUGAUGACUCCCCCCCCCCACAUCUAUUCUAUAGGUAUGCCCUAUAGAAGUGUUCCCUGAAGAGCUGGUGUGGGCAACCUGUGAUCCUUGGCCAAAAAUUAUGUGACUCCUGAACUUUAAAAAAGCACAUAUCAGCAAUUAGUUCAGACCUCAGCAAUCUGUUACUGCCUCAGCAAACCGCUGGAUAAGAAAAGUGGGGAGAAAGACCCCUCCCAAAAGUGUUAGAAAAAGACCCCGCAAGAAAAGAGGGUGACAGAAAGAGGGAAAAGAAGGCCAUGGAUAGGAGGAGAAAAAUGUGUUGGCUCCACACACUUUUGACUCUUGCCCUACCACUGGCCACAGCCUCUCACACUGCCAUCAUGCAGCAACUUAUAAAUUAUUCCUGAGGGAACAUGCCCCUGGACAGAAAAAAGAUUGUCCACAUGUGCUAGAAGGGUUCGGUAUUAAGAGUUCAGAGUAGUUUAUUCCCCUGUGUUUGUAAGUUUUUUGAUCUAGAUUAUUUAAAUUCUUUUUGUGGCCUUGCUGCUGAGCAGUAUGCCCUGUGGCAUGCUGGGAGCAUGCUUUUUGGAGACUGGAUCCAUGUCUUCAGUUCUGAGGGGAAGAGGUUAAGAGGGUAUGUUAAACUACAGCCCUCAGUUCCCCCAAGUUCAGACAUAACAAGCAUCAGUGGUUAGUUAGCAGAAGCUUCUCCUGCAGUGUGAGAAACUCAGAUAUAUAAGCUAAUCGCCAAAUAGUACAUUAAACCUAGGUUACAGUCAUCACAUGUGACUAGAUUGUGUCUAGGUGCCUUUGCAGGGGGUGGUGAUGAUGAUGAUUGAUGGGAUAUAAAAGGGUGGGAUAUAAAUGCAAUACAUAAGGUCUUCUGCUUAUGUGAUUAAGAAAGCUGGAGGGGCCAGCCAGAUGGAGAUGUCACUUGUCAUCCUGGCAUCCAGAGAUCUCCAUGUAGUCACAAUUGGACCCGUACCUGUUGCAAAACACACCUGGUGCCUGGAUAAUUUUGAACACUGUUCCUGAUUCUGUGAGGGGAAGCAGAAGUGGAAAGCACAUGAACCUUAGCCUUGCACCUGUAGGAGAAAACCAUGUAUUCCACUUACAUCCCAAACCAGACUUACGCUUGUACCGCUUCAAUGUUUUAUCUAAGUAGCAGAACCUCUAGUAGUGAGUGAGGCCUAUUUGAGCAUGGGGAGAAGGAAGUUGGAUCGAGGAUGGUACUAAAGGCUUCACAAGGUUCUCACACCCACAUCUGUUCUCCUAUUCUUUCUCUUCAGCAGAAAUAUCUCAAAACCUUGAGGUUCGGCAAGGCUAUCAAUGCUCAAGCUACUUCGAACUGGAAAUUAGUGUCGCUGCUUUUCCCAGGAUGGCCAUUCGUUACUUUUUCUUGCACCUACUAUGGCACAGUAGGUUCAGGAGGUAGAACAAUCGCCAUAACCAUGGUUUGUCAAUUUCAACAUCACACCGUAACAAAGCUAUGCUUCUAAAUCUGCUUCCAAAAGAUGGCAUCACUUUUUAAUUAGCUGGUCACUCUUGAACCAUGGUUUCUCAAUGUCAGUAUCAUGUCAAGCCACAUUUAAGCUUUACAACUCAUGAUUUGGUGUGACUUUUAAACUGAAUAUAUGUUAUGCACACAACACAAACAGUAUACUAUGUAUUCAUAUUCUUUACUGUCAUAGGAAUUCCCCCCUCCCAAUCUAAUGGUUAAAAGUGUGUGAAAUUAGAAUCUUUUAAUUCUUGUCAUUUGCGUCUUUCUAUUCUCUGCUGGAGAGCUAGCUACUGUUAAGAAGAAGAUAUUCUGCGUUUCAGCUGCUGGACAUUAAAAUUGUGUUUCUAACUUUCUCAGAAUUGGAGCGAUUCAGCUACGUGUGCACCAAAUUACAGUUCUCUAUAUUUUAAAGUACCCUAACCAUUCUAAUGCUCCUGCCUGUGAAUUAUGAGGCCUAUGUAUUAAUAUGUAUAUUAUAUCUCACAUAUGAUGGACCUCAUCAGGCACAGACAGGUGUCACCUGUGCCUUAAAAAGUAUAUUAUAGCUCAUAAGAGAAGUGAUGUAUCUGAAAGAGGAAAAACCUAUGCUUUGGAACAUAGAGACUGCAUGUGUAUGUUCUGUAAUGUAAAAUGCCUGAGAACAACUAAUUAUUUGAUUUGUCUCAUGGCUUCUGUGAUAACAGUUGGGAUUCCCUGAUAUAAAAUGAAUGAAACUUUUAAGUACCUUAGAUGAAAAGGCAGCUAUUGAAUCUUGAUUACUUUAAAGCUUGUUGCUGGAAUGUAAUGUAUUGAAUCUUGCCUGGCUUAAGUCAUUUGGAAAUGCUUUUUAUAAAAAACCUGUGUGGAAUGCUGCAAAAGUGUUGUGUGCAUGCUUCUAAACAGGCAAGUGCAUUUAGGCAAAUAAUUAAGAUGGGAAAAAAUCCUGUAUACUUUACAGUGGUCUUGUGUGCACCCUGUAUUGACUCUUACUAUGUUAUAUAAAAUGUGACAUGGGUCAUGGAUCUUUAGGGUAGGAUGGCAACUAAUGUAUUUCCCAACCAAUACCCCUUUUCUAUCCACUGUGGGUUGAGUAGCACUACAUGAAGUAAAUAUGUGUGGAAUGGAGAUUGGGGCUUAUUAGGCUUGCUAGUGGAAGGAGGCAGUUAGUGACACUGUGGUUGAGCAAGACGCAUACAGAAUAAUCCUGUUGAGCUCAGGGCUCCUUAAGAAAUGACUUCCUUGUUUGUUUAUUUUAAUAGGAUUUUAGUACAUUUUUAUUCUGCUUUUUAAACUUUUGUUGCAUUUGUUUUCUUGUGCAUGGAAAUGCAUCUAGCGUAUAAUCUUAAUUUUUGUUUUGUUCAUUUUUAGUUUAUAGUAUUCCAAAGCGGCACAGUAUAUUUUUGGUAGUAUUUGGCAUGCUUUUUUUUUUUUUUUUUAAAAAGGGUCAUAGCUAGAAUAACCAAGAAACUUUUCUGAUUCUGUUUACCUUAGAUUUAGUACAAGCAUCUUUUCAUAUUAUAAGAGGUAUGACUUUUUGCUAUGUACUUUGCUGUGUCUUCCAUUAUCAAAUGCUGCAGCAUCUCUUGGGAGUUGCUUUCCUCUUUUCUCAUUUUUUUUAUAUAGAAGCAUAGAUGAUAGAUAGAUAGAGAGAGAGAGAUAGAGAGAUGAUUAUGAUAGAUAGAUAGAUAGAUAGAGAGAUAGAUGAUAAAUGCCUAACUUAUCUUCUAUCCUUUUAUUCACCUUGUAAAUAGUUUUAUAUGAAAUAAUGGGUGUACUAGUAGUUUAAAUGACGCAGUUGACAUCAGUUCUAAUACGAGUGUAUGUUUUUCCAGCUUGUAAUGUUUCUUAUCAGGGAACUGGCUUAUCCCCCAUGAGGUACAGUAGCUCCUAUGGGAGGGGAGUGUGAGAGUAUUUAGUGGAGGCUCUCCAUGGCCUGAUUCAUCCUCAACAACAUGUACACCAGUGUGUGCCAACCACUCUUGUAAUGGGAAGUUGGUGCUUGCUAACUGUAUGCCAUAUGUUACAACCAUCUCUCUGUCUUGAGUUCUGGCCUGCAAAUUACUUCUUUAGAAGUAAUUGUGGGAAGGGUCAGCCUGGGUAGGAAGAAAGAGGGCUCCUGUGCCAAUUGAUCCACUGAGGCACAUUUGUUCUUAGGGAUGUAUUGUGUCACAGAUUAUUUUGGAUAAAAGUUCUUCAUAUAGCAGAAUUUCUGUGUGUGUAUAUAUAUAUGUAUAUAUGUAUGUACACUCAUACCUCGGGUUGAAUAUGCUUCAUGUUGAGCGCGUUCGAGUUGUGCUCCGCAGCAACCCAGAAGUAACAGAGCACGUUACUUCCGGGUUUCACCGCUCGUGCAUGCGCAGACGCUCAAAAUGACAUCAUGCGCAGAAGUGACGAAAAGCGAUGCACGCGCAGACGUGCCGUCGUUAGUUACCACUAUAUACAGUGGUACCUGAGGUACCACUGUAUAUGUGUGUGUGUGUGUGUGUGUGUGUGUGUGUGUAUAUAUAUAUAUAUAUAUAUAUAUAUGCACGCACACACACAUACACACACAAAAUACGUGCACCCACACCACACCCACUAUGUUUCUAGAUAUAUAUAUAUUUCUGUCUACACGUAGAAAAGUUAAAACUUGAGGAGGAUUCUGUUGAGGUGAGAUUAAGAGUCUCCUUUGAAGCAUGUGCUAUAUUCAGACAUUAAAUUAUAAAUUAACUAAUUCCGUUUUUGAAAUUAUGCAUUAUGGCUGUCUCUUUUGCUUUCCCUUAUUCUGAAUUCCUGACCCGCUUCUUAAAAGUGUCAAAAUGUCAGUUUCUCUACAUUUGCAGGGGGGGGGGAAAUCAUCUAGGUUUAGUUUAAAUGAGAUUGUGAACUCUUGUCUUGGCUAUAUCCAUCCUAACUUUCAUAUUGAGCUAGUUGGCUUGUUUGGUGUCUGAUUACUAGCAGAUGUGGUACAAUUGCAUACGUAUUGGAUGUGUAAAAGUGUAGCACAGUUCAGGUAGAAUUGUUUGCACGUCACUUAAAUUUGUUCCUUGCUUUAUAAAAUUGGCCACUUGGACUUCAGUGUCUUAAAAACAAAACAAAACAAAAAGAAAUUAGAUAACUGUGUGAUGGGUAUUAAAUAUUAUCUAAUUCAGUUUUUCUCUGUUCCAGGUUUUAAACCGGCAUCAUGGCUCAUUCAAAGACUCGAGCCAAUGAUGGAAAAAUUACUUAUCCACCCGGCGUUAAGGAAAUAUCUGAUAAAAUUUCUAAAGAAGAGAUGGUACGGCGGUUAAAAGUGAGUGACCAGUUUUAUUACACAUUUUGGGCAGUUCUAAUUCAUGCACCUAUCAUAUUUUUUCUCUCCUGUGCUUUUUUAAAAAAUUUUUUUACUGCUGCUAACAUUACUAGAAAAAAUAUAUUGUUACUUUCAAAUAAAACAGUAAUAACACUACUGUGAGUUUGGGGGUGGUGGAAGUUGAUGGCUUCAGCAGUGUCACAUAGGGCUGGCAGAGCUACAGCAAUGAAUGUAAACUUCCCCACAGAACUUAUUUUUCUAUUACAAGAUGGAAAUGUGUCAUAGUGAACUGUAGUUACCAAUUUUUUCCUUGUAUGACUAGGUUUUUUAACAAAAAAAAUAGGUUUAAAAUUGGGGCUUGUCUUAUACACGGGUAGUGCUGAGGGUUGUUUUUUUAAUUUGGAGUCCCCAAAAAUAGGGGGGGUCUUAUACAUGGGGGCAUCUUAUACACGGAAAAACAUGGUAAUUUGCUUCUGAAAUUGGCAGAGCAUUCUCAUCAUGUACAUAUACCAAACAACGGUCCCCUUCCCUCCUUCUGCUCAGAUCUGUAGAGGUAAGAGUUUGUCACAGUUUUUUGGUAAAUAUGUGGGAGGGGGGAAGAGAGAGAAGGAAAAAGAUGUCAUAGCUAUCUAGCUAGCUAAGUGACAGUAAGGACAGUAUGUUCUGAAAUUCACAGAUACUGGGAAACCGAGAAUGAAAUAAUGACAUGGAAGUCGAAAUUUGAAUAUAAUGUUUAGUUAAAUACCCAGUUGAAUGUAAUAGUUCUUACGUAGAUCCUAUUGGGUAUAGUUAUUAUUUAUUGGUCUAAGGUGAAGCUGCCAACCUUUUUCGGACCAGCAGGCACAUUUUGAAUUUUGAGAGAAUCAUACAUGUUGACAGUACCGUACAUGUUGGGAGCUGGGUCUAUGGACACAAAUACAAGGGGAGGUGUAGUUGAGACAUGACCUAGGGUGGAUGUAUGUGUACAAUUUUGUUGCCCCACCAUGCACGAAACCUGUGCAUAUUAAAAUGACACGGUUAUGCUCCAUCAUGUGUAGGCUGCUUGCUGAGUAUGAAAACCGGCGCUUUCCCAACAUUGUGCAGCCUAAAUAUUACACCCUUUCUUGCUUCCACGGUGUGCUUCUCCUAUUUUCUCUGCACACAGGAAAGAAUCCAGUACCCAGCUGGUAUCUUAAUUGGAUUCCUACUUGCAGUUAGCUGAAUCAUUGGUUGAGAUCAGCAUUACCAGAGGCCAGAGAAGAAGUGGAGUUUCCGACUUAGUUUUAUGGAAUCUUCUAUGUCAUCAUUUUAUAGAUGGCUUAAUAAGUCUCUCAUGGAAAGAAUUGUAUAGAUCUUUAGAGUGUUAAGUAGUACAUAAUUGAUUACUUUUUAAAUAUUUGAAAAGAGAUACUCCUAAAAAUUGAUCACACACCAUUUAUAUUACAGUUCAAAGACAGAAUACAAUUACGGGGCCAAAUGAUUCGUGAUACACUUACGUUUUCUCAGAUAUAAAUUACCCCCCCCCCCCGGUAUAAAGGGUGAUAUGGAUAGACAACUGUUUGUGCUUCGUGCAACUGAGUGCAUUACAAAAUCUUGAAAUUUUAAAAUAGAUUCAAUAGAGUAAACACCUGAUGCCUUCUGGGUUUGUAAAUAAGUUUCUAGGUAUACCUAGAAGAUUAACUUUGAUUGUACUCUUCUCUUUGUAAUUAGGCCUGACUAAAAUUGCGCUUAAUAAUUUUAGUGUUUGAGGUUGGUUGCUGGUUUUUGUGUGUAGCAAAACAUAUUGCAAUAUGCUAUGGUAAUAAAUACGUUUUGUUAGAGAAUGCAGUCUUUUUCAUGUUAGAUUUUCCAGAAGUUCUGUGCCGUGUAAGUGAACUUCAAAUGUUUUUGUGAAGUACUUUGAACAACAAAGCUGAACUCCAGAGAAGCUUGAAUAAUUUGUUACGUUCUUUUAAAAUAAUGAGUAAAUCCAUUGAAAUCAGUGCGUCCAAGUCAUUGAUAUCAAUGGGUUGACUCUGAGAAUGACUAGCAUAGAUUUUUUUAUAUAUGUAUCAAAAGAUUCCCAGUGAAAUAAAUAUUUAAAUGACAGUCUGAAAAAGCAUACAGUUUUUUACACCCCCGCUUUAUUCAAACAGUUCUGUUGUUUUAAAUCACAAUUUCCCUGUGUGCCCCUCUAUCCCCAUUUCUCUCAAACCUCUGCCGUUGUUUAAAACCAUUUUAAACUAUUGCUUUCCUCUCUUUCCAUGCUUUACUUGAAGUUCAGCCAUUGUUUUAAACCACUACUUCCCCGCUUUCAAUGUCUCUCCCUUCUUACUUCCAUGCCAUAUUCACUGUUUUUGUGCAACCUGUCUUCUCUUUUGCUCCCCUCCUUCACUCUGACUUUAUGCAAAUCCCGGGUUGUGAUAUAGUCCUCCCAACAGGGGCUGUGCGAUGGCAGACUUACAUUUUUAUAUAUAGGAAGAUAGGAAGCUGCCAAACACUGAAUCAGACCCUUGGUCUAUCUAGCUCAGUAUUGUCUCCACUGUCUGAAAGCAGCUUUCCAGGGUUUCAGGCAAGAGUCUCUCCCAGCUCUACCGAGAGAUAAAAUUUGGGGCCUUCUACAUGCAGGACAGUCUCUACCACUGAGCUAUGGCCCUUCCCCAAGGGAAGUGAUGAGAAGAGCGAUUGUGUUGAUUUGCUGCAGCAAAAGCAAACUUGUGGCACCUUAAACAAGUGCAACUUUUAUAGGCCAGAAUCUACUUUGUCAGAUACAGAUUUAGUUUGACUGUAUAUUCCUGUCAGCAGCAACCAUCUUUGCUGUGUAUUUAUUCCUAGUGCCAUUGCAUGUUGAUAUGUGCUAUUAGCAAAGAUGUACAGUGGUACCUCGGGUUAAGUACUUAAUUCGUUCCAGAGGUCUGUACUUAACCUGAAACUGUUCUUAACCUGAAGCACCACUUUAGCUAAUGGGGCCUCCUGCUGCCGCCGCGCCGCUGGAGCACGAUUUUUGUUCUCAUCCUGAAGCAAAGUUUUUAACCUGAAGCACUAUUCCUGGGUUAGCGGAGUCUGUAACCUGAAGCAUAUGUAACCUGAAGCGUAUGUAACCCGAGGUACCACUGUAAUUUAUUUGUCACAUGACUGUAGAUUAAAUACUUUGACAUUCAACCAUUUUGAAGCUUACAAUAUUCUACCCUCAUUACGGGCAAGUCGAAAUAGUCAGGAAAAUGAAGAAGCUCAUACCGAAAAAUAGCCCUUGUAAUGUAUGUGGUUUUUUUUAAUAUGGGCUGUUUUUUUUCUAGAGAAUGUUGCUUAUCUUGGAACUUUCUUUUGGCAGAUGGUUGUCAAAACAUUCAUGGAUAUGGACCAGGACUCUGAAGAAGAAAAGGAGCUCUAUCUAAAUCUCGCUUUACAUCUUGCCUCCGAUUUUUUCCUUAAGCACCCUGAUAAAGAUGUACGCUUGCUCGUAGCUUGUUGUCUUGCUGAUAUUUUUAGAAUAUAUGCUCCUGAAGCACCAUACACUUCACCAGAUAAACUUAAGGUAAGAUUGCAUGUCAUCCUUAUUUUCUGUGACUUUGGAUGAGCAGUAGUGCUGUUUUAUGUUUAUUUCUAAACAUUCAAAAACAAACAACCGAGAGGUUAGAACUCUUUAGCAGAGCUUUCACACUGCAUAUUCUAACUGAUAUGGAUUAAAUAUUUUUAAAAGCACUGGCUCCAUUUCCAGAAGUUAGCUAGGUAUUUUAAAGUGAUUUGUUGUAGGAUCUGUGUGGGAAUUGUUAAGGUGUAGUCUGGUCUUAUAGGCCCAGUACUGAUAAUAUUUGCUACAGUGUAUUUAGGCUUGGAGUGACAGUUGCCUGUUAUUUAUCACAGAUUGAUCUAUGUUGCAAAACAAAGCCUAGGAAAAUUGAAAAGUCGAUAAGCAGGGACAUUUUGCCUUUUAAAAGAAUCUUGAACUAAAAUUUUGCAAGUGCUAAAUGCAGUUGUGCGUUCCUAUGACCCUUAAAUGAGAACUUGAUUAUAUGAUUUAGGGCAGCAUGCAAAACUUUAAUUGAGUAGCUGUUGGCAAGGUAGCUGUGUAGGUUUAAAGCUAUUCCAACAGGCAAAAACUAAAAACUAAAACUAAACAAUUAAUAACCACUGGCAUUCUGUAUGCCUUCUAAUGACCUUAAAGUUAUUUGUGUGUGUGUGUUCAUAGGAAUAAUAAAUAUUGUCAGUUGCCUGCUAUCAAAAGAUACUAAUUUGUUAAAUUACGGCAUUUGGGGUUGGAUUAUGGCAAGUCAUUUGGCAUUUUUUCCUUUGACUAUGUGAAUUCUAAAGUAGUUUGAAUUUUAGGUGGAGAUAUGUUUCUGUAUUAGGAAGUGUUGUGAUGUUAGCAAGUAGUUUUUAUGUUUAUAGCUUUCAGCAGUUCCAUCUUGCUCAGCUAUAUUGUCUGCAGUUUGUUGUAUUUGUUUUCUGAGACUCAUGUAUCUGUACAAUAAAUGACAAAAGUUGUAUGUUAUGGAACUUAGUUGUUGACUCCCAUUUGCCUCUUUUAUGAUAGCGCUGUCAAGAAGCUGCUUGAAAAACAUUGUUCUGUAGUGAAUGAAAAUGAGUGUCAUUUUGUGACCAUUUGCUAGGGACAUGGACACUGUUUUAUAAACUCGCCAGGCAAAAUGUAGUUUCAUCAUAAUGUUAUCAGGGCCUAGAGUAUGGUUCAGGUUUUCCUUGGGGGUCUUCCUCUUACCUUUCCUCUUCCAGGGUGGUUGUGAAGAGGGGUUCAGAAGCUUUCAUUUUUGUUUUGGAUUAACUACAGCUUGUUGUUUUAUCUGAGCUUGGCAAAAUUGGUUAAACUCAACUGCGAUUCAUUUAUAACAAUAAUUUAAUUGUUAUGAACUUGUUUGAAACAAGUGCAACUUUAAGCUGAAGUUAACAAGCGAACAAUAGUUAAGAUUAGCCACAGUUUACCAUGUAAGACUAACUCUGAUUAAUUGAAACUGAAGCAAACACUUCUCAUUUCCUUGUGGCCAUGCCAGAAGAGGGGAUUGCACAUUAUGAUAAACCAUAGUGGAUUAUUCCAGUUACAUAACUUCUUUUUCCUCCUAAAACAAUAAUUCUAAGGAGUUGCACAGUGCUCCAUCUUUGUAAUGGAAUGGGCAUCGAAAAUGGUGUGUUGUGUGUCAUGGACUCUAGUUUUUCAGCUCAGUUCCUUACAAGUGUCUGCCUGCUAUUGUCCAUAAUAAAGUCCUUGUCUUUUUCAGCUAUUCUAUCCUCCGUUUCAGCGCUUCUGAGUGGCUUAUUGCUGCUUUUAUUGAUUCUAAAACCAUUAUAUGUGACAUUCAUUUUAAUUAGGGCUGUAAGUGUGUUGUUGUUUUUUAAAUCCUUUCAAUCAGAUGAAAAUGUGCUCAUGAUUAAUUGGACAGAAGUUUUUUUUAGAAAAAUAUUUUAAUACAAGUACUUACCGUAUUUUUCGCUCUAUAGGACGUACUUUUUCCCUCCUAAAAAGCAAGGGAAAAUGUGUGUGCGUCCUAUGGAGCGAAUGCAAGGGGGAGGCAGGCGGGAAAAGCCCCCAAGAGCCGCACACAAGCUUCGUGCGCUCUUGCGGGCUUUUCCCCAGGAGGGAGAAGGGACUGACUGGCUGCAUCAGUCCCUUCUCCCACCUCCCAGAAAAGCCAGGAGAAGCCGCGCAGCCCCUUUAAAGAGCUGGCGGCUUCUGCGGGCUCUCCGGGAGGUGGGGGAAGCUGCAGCGGAUUCCCUCCUCCCCAGCUCCCUUUGAAGCAGCAAAGUGGGAGGGGAGCAGCUUACACUCGUGUAAGCAGCUCCUCUCCCACCUUCCUGCUUCAAAGCAACCACGGAGGAGGGAAAGAAGGGGACCAUGGAUCCUCCGCUGCUCGUGGCUGCAGCGGAUUCCCUCCUCCCCGGCUCCCUUUGAAGCAGUGUAAGCUGCUCCUCUCCCACUUUCCUGCUUCAAAGUGGAUGGAAUCCACUGCAGUUGCGAGCAGAGGAUCCAUGGCUCCGCUUCCUUCCCUCGAAGCAGGGUGCGGGGGUGCAGGGGAGAAAGAGGGCAGGAAAUAGAUGCCGGGCAGGAAGACACAACCGCACUUUGACCACUGGAAUGUCCACCUCAGCCUCCCCAGAUUUCCACUGAGACGGCCAGGCUAAUCUCAAUGGCCAUAAGUCAGGUUCAGCAUUAUUAACUGGACUUAGAUAAGCCAUGGUUCCCCUUCCUACCCUCCUCUGAGGCUCAAUUUAAAGCAUCAAAGCGGACAGAAGCCGCCAGCUUUUCUGCUUUAAAUAGUUUAGUGCAACAUUUGAUUCAGAAUAUUUUUUUGUGUGUUUUCCUCCUCUAAAAACUAGGUGCGCCCUAUGGUCAGGUGCGCCCUAUGGUGCGAAAAAUAUGGUAAACUGCAAAAGGCAAGGACUAUCUUGAAAGACACCCCCCCCUUUCUCUAACACAUGGGAAUGAUGAUACCUGGCAUAAUGACUGUGUGCAUCAUGUAAAAACAAGUGAAUACGCCUCUUUCUUCUGAAAUAUUGCUUUUACCCAUAUGCAAAUGUAUGCAGAUUUAGCUAACAGAUUAAUCAACUAAAACACACAUGAGUAAUGGAUUUAAAUUGUAAUUGGCAUGUAAACCUAAUUGUAAUCCAUUUUAAAGAUGCAGAAUAAAUCAUGCUGAUUAUCUUUCUGUGUUUGUACAAUUCUCAGAACAGUGGUUUUAAAGAAAAUGGUUCUCAUAGAAUUAGUGGUUUCCUGUGUUGGGCAGAAAUACAGUAAAGAGAAUUUUGUGAAUUUAUUUUCUAUUAAUACAUAGUUUGAGUCUGAACUCAGUCUAGAGUUCCUUAUGCUCCUUACUAUGGACAAAUUGGUUUUUUGAAGUUGCCUUGUUCUAUAUCACUGUUUCCCAAACUUGGUCCUAUUAUAUAGGGAUGAUAGGAGCUGCAAUCCAAAAACAACUUGAGUCCCAAUUGUGGGAAACACUGUUUCCAGAAAAGUUUCUUAAAAACAGCAACCCUAUUUUCUUUCCACCAAGUCUGACUGUAGAUUUCUUGUUCUCUAGAACAAUAAUCUGGCAAUUUAAUUGCUGUGGGGUAGGUUGAUCAAUCAGUUUGCUUGAAUAACCCAACAAUUCCCACAUCCUACUGCAUGUGAAGGGACGCGGGUGGCCCUGUGGGUUAAACCACAGAGCCUAGGACUUGCCAAUCAGAAGGUCAGCAGUUCAAAUCCCCGUGAUGGAGUGAGCUCCCGUUGCUCGGUCCCUGCUCCUGCCAACCUAGCAGUUCGAAAACACAUCAAAGUGCAAGUUGAUAAAUAGGUACCGCUCCGGUGGGAAGGUAAACGGUGUUUCCGUGCGCUGCUCUGGUUCACCAGAAGCGGCUUAGUCAUGCUGGCCACAUGACCUGGAAGCUGUACGCCGGCUCCCUCGGCCAGUAAAGCGAGAUGAGCGCCGCAACCCCAGAGUCGGUCACGACUGGACCUAAUUGUCAGGGGUCCCUUUACCUUACUGUAGGUGAAAAGCUAGCUGUUGUAUUUUCAUAUACAGGUGUUUUGGGGAGAAUGGAAAAAAGGACUACAUGGCUCUGGAUGUAAUGCUGAUCUGUUGGGGGGGGGGGACUAAUCCACUUUACAGUUCCAGAUGUGGUUUCUGCUUUGUGGUACUGGUAAAGGGUCGGCACAGUGCUGCUUCUAACAGUGAGCCUCAGCCCUAAGAUGUUACUGGAUAAUUUCUACUCUCUUUGGGGAAAGUCGGUGAAAUGCCUCCCCCUCCCCAUUUCUCCACCCACAUAUAGGAGAAAAGUUUAGAGAGGCCAUGUGUAUACAGCUCUAGGUUGGAUGGUGUACUAAAUUUUUUAAAAAAGGAGUCUCCUAGCAUGCAGCGAGAGGACACAGUGAAAGGUCUAAGAAAGCACCAAUGUGUCCCUUAGCUGUGUGAGGAGUUUCAUUUUUUAGCUGCUCUUUGUUUGCAUCUCGGGUCAGCAGGUGGGCAGCAACAAACUAGGAUAGCAAGUUAAUAAAAGGUAAAUGUAAAGAUAAUGAUAACAUACAGUUAGCACAGUCUGAGAUUGACAAGCCAUAGUUUAAGGUUGUAGUUUGUUGGCCCACAGUUAGUGAGCUAUAUCUGAUUCAGAUGUACAAACCCCAGUAAACUAUAUUUAAAAUGUUUACAGUUAUAUUGGAAUGAAGCUACAUGGUUUGGAUAGAAAACUGCUAGGUGUAGUUCUCUUUGCCUUGUUGUCAACACUGAAAUUUCUGAAGCCACAGUCUAUGUCUCAGUUAGUUCAGAGAACUCACUUUGACUAUAGAAGACCAGUUUGAAGUAAGUGGAUUGGUACCAUAUUAACUCAGGUUGGCUAAUUGAUUGUGAACUGAAGCCUAACUACACUUAUUCAUAGUCUUCCCUUGUUGCUUCCCUCAUCAUCUUUCCAUUUUUUUACCCCCUCUGUUGAAAUUUAGAUUGGUACAUUCUUUUAGGCAAUAGUAUUGUUAUGUUAAAUUGCCAAGUACAUUAGUUUCCACUUGAAAUGGCUACUUGGUUAACCUUUAUGUAGUGUGUUUUGAAAGCAUUCAGUAUUACUUUUUAUAAGUCAAAAGUUAAAUGACGUCUAGCUUUGCAGUCCUCUUUUACUAGGUUGUUCACAUUUACUCUCUUCAUCGCAACAAUAUAUUUCACAAGCACAGCUUUUCGAAAGUGCUUUUUUAACGUUGUCAGUGUCAACAGUCUUGAUUCCCAGACAAAUUAUUUUGAAAUGUUUCUUCCCAACAACAAUAUAUUUCAUAAAACUAGCUUUUCAAAUGCAUGUCUGUCAGUGCUGGUGUUACAGUACUUUGAUUUUAGCCUGAUCAUUUCCAGACAAAUUACUUGGGAAAAGGCGUUUCAAACACGCGAAAGAAGGGAGGACAAGAACCCUGUCCAGUUAACUUUCACUUUCCCAAAAGAAUACAUGUGAACUUUCCAUGGAGCAGAGUUUUCUUCAGCAAAACCUCUCAAACGGCAGUGCUCUCGAUGACCCAGUUGCCACAUUGAAUCUAGCAUGUGAGACAUAGAGCUAAAACCGGGAAGCGUUUUGGAAGACGUGGUGUUGUGCGAUCCUUUUGGACACCCAGACCUUCUAGUAGAGAAGACAAAAUUAUUUUGAGCAUAUAUUCCACCUCAUUGUAUGGAUUUAUUUGAGGUGUUGCUGAAAUGCCAAGCUCUGAAACCUGCUCCUCCACUGUGCCUUACGCUUCUGACUCAUGUGUCUGCAGAUUUGACAGCUCUUUUGAUUCCUCGUGUCUUUCAGCACCUCCAUCUGUAUAUUCUCGUUAUCAGUCGUUACUCUUCUCUAGGUUACUGCUCAGCAUCCCCUUUUUUAAAAAACUUCUUAGGUGACAGCUCCCUCACACUUGGUUUGUCCUCUUGAAUGGCUCACACACUGUAUGGGGGCUGUUAUGCGCACAAGUUUAGUGUCUGAAAGAAAGCCCCCUGGUGGCUGUAUCUAGGAAAUCUUGCUUCCAGCAGCCCUUUUCAUUUCAAGACUUGUGUGCACUCCGUAUGGCGAGUUGUGAAAAUUCGUUUAUUUUGCUUUCUGCAGGUUGGUAAACACACAUGAGUUUUUAUACUCAUAAUCCGUUCUGGCUUGCCUUGGAAAAGGCUUAGGGUGGUCAGACAACGUGUGUGAAUUGAAUAGUCCUGGAAAGAUUGAGGAGCUGUUCCCAUGAUUUCCCACUGCAUCUCUUGUUGCUGCUGAAAUUGCUGAAAAUACUUCUUCAUGCCGUGCAGUGCAUAGUUAAACUAUAGGACUCUCUCCCACAAAUUUAAUACUUAAUAAUGAUAAUAAUUAUUACCAGGAUUUCAUUCUGUCAUUAUUCACUGUAAUAGACUGAAAGCUCAAAACCUGAUUCAGAAUAAAAUUAAAGUGAAAACAAGUGCUGCAAAAUCCUGAUUGAUGUUCCUAAUAUUUUCUGUCUUUUUAUGUGCUUCAGACUUUGAUUGUGAGAAUAAGAGGUUAGUUAAAAUAUGUUACGAAUUCUAGUUCAUAGAGAAAUGAUUUUUCAGUUGAAGUGAAUGCUUAUGCAACUAGUAUAUAUUUGUUAUGUAUGUGAAAUAAAUACCUGUUCUUUCCUUUGCAGGAUAUAUUUAUGUUCAUAACAAGACAAUUGAAAGGAUUAGAAGAUACAAAAAGUCCACAGUUCAAUAGAUAUUUUUAUUUGCUUGAGGCAAGUGUAAAUUAUUUUCUAUUUAUCAGCUAUCCACAGUUGCUUUAAAACAGGCAAAAUGUUCACUUUUUAAAAAUAUCAAUGGGUGGAGAUCCAAAAUCAUGCUAGUAGACACCACAGGACUUAGCUUUUAUCUUUUUGUUAGGUUGCUGUUCCAGAUACAUUAACUGUCUUCUUUUCCUAUAUAGAACAUUGCGUGGGUUAAAUCUUACAACAUAUGCUUUGAACUCGAAGAUAGCAAUGAAAUUUUCACACAAUUGUACAGAACAUUGUUUUCUGUAAUCAAGUAAGUAUAUAUAUCUUUAACAACAAAUUUAUUCAUGGAAAGGUUGGGAUUAAAAUACUACAGGCAACGACCGAUUUACACGCUUUCAGUAUGUGCGUGACAAUGCACACGCACAUCGCAGCAACCUGGAAGUGGCUGGAAAAUGGGAUGGAGCACACAAUGACCCAGAAUGCAACCCAUGCGCAAAUCGGGGGUUGCCUGUAUUUCAAAUUGUUAGGGAUUAGUACCAGACUUACAAGUGCCCAGGCCACUUAAAACACCCUGAAUUUUCCAAGCCACAGAUGCAUUGUUCAUUAAAGUAAUUGACUAAGGUUGCAAUCCUGUACACUAGUGGUAGGGAACCUCUGACUUGCCAGAUGUCCCCAUUUGGCCAGCAGUAUGGUUUGACUCAAACCACAUCCACCUGACAUCAUAUGAUGUUAGACAUGGGGCAGACAAAUCCACAGGGCUGAAUUGAAAAGGGAAGGUGUGAAGUACAUUCUAAUCUCCUCUUCGUGGGCAAGGUCUUCAAGCAGGUGGUCCUGGGCCAGAUCCAGGUUCUUUUGGCUGAAACUGAUUUUCUAGAUCCAUUUCAAUCUGGGUUUUGACCCAAUAUUUGUACAGAAACUACCUUAGUUGCUCUGUAUGAUGAGUUGUCUUAAUGACAACUCAGAUUAUAUCUUUAUGGUCAUGAACAGUUGCAGAAACACCAUACUAUAUAUCAGCCAAGAUAGAUCCCCAGAAAUGGACAUUUCUAGUCAUAGUUUAGUAGUGUAAUUAACUUCACCUCCGCUGAGCCUUCUAUUUGAUGCUAGAGUUGUGAAAAGCAAAAAUUACAACAUUGUCACUAAUUUUACAUCAGAGAAUGACAGUGAUAAAUGGACUGGGCCACAUUCCUCCAAAUUAAAAAAAAAAGUGUGAAAAUAUGUGUGACUUUUAAUUCAGUGAUUUUGUCUAGUAAGCAGAAUAGGACUUGGGAUACCAGGGUUCAAAUGCCCCCUCGGCCGUGAAUUUCACUGGGUGACCUUGGGCCAGUCACUGUCUCUAAGCGUAACCUAUCUCUCAGCUUGUUGUGAGGAUAGAACAAGGGGAAAUCAUGUGCACCACUCUGAACUCCUUGAAGGAAAUAUUGGAUAAACAUAAUAAUAGUUUAUUUUACUUAAUUACCUUAUGGCUGAACCAUAGUGAAUUAUAUUGUGCUAAUGAGCUGAAAAUCUGUCCCUCUUGAUUUCAGCAAUGGUCAUAAUCAAAAGGUUCAUAUGCAUAUGGUGGAUUUGAUGAGCUCUAUAAUUUGUGAAGGUGAUACAGUGUCUCAGGAGCUUUUGGACACAGUUUUAGUUAACCUGGUGCCUGCACAUAAGGUAAGCAAUAACAUUUUCCUGAUUUCCUGGCGCUUCCGUUACUUUUAUUUAGCAUCAACAGGCAUGUAUGUGGCAAAGUUAGAGUGAAGCUACCUUUUAUUCAUGGCUCUGUAACCAGGGUUAGACUGCCAAACUGAAGCAAUAAAGUUGGCCAAGAUCUCCAUCCCUUGUUCCCACUUCUUAGACAGAGAUCAGCUCUUUUUUUGUGAGAAGUUGGAGAACUGCAUUUGUUUCAGCUCAGCGUUGCUUAAGUUUAAUGGCAGAUAGCACUGGGCAAACACCAUUCACGUGUGUGUGUUCCUCUUCUGUCCUCAAAUGGCAUUGUUAGUAACUCUUCCAUUCUAGAAGAAGGGCAAGCAGAGCUGUGUUCCCUGUCGUGGCGCUUGUUGGGAUAGGGGAGUGCAGGCAGAAAAGCUGUGUGCAGCUAGGUUAAGUAGGCAGAUGGAUGACCCUUCUGAAUAAUAAUUUGUAAGGCUAACAUUAACUAAAUCAUGUUAAUAUAAAUGUUCAUAUUUCAAGUACUUAAGGUGUCUUGCAGUCUUGGAACAUAAGGGUGCAAAUCACAGUAUUUCUCUAUGUCUUCGUUGUUCUGACUAGCUGUGUCUCAGCCAAAUAUUUGUUCUUUUCCUGAAGCUGAUUUGGGAAAGAACAAUUACGUUUGGGAAGGAAAGCUAUUUUCCCAACGCUAGAUAGCACAGGGAAAGCUCAUGUUUCUACCUUUUUGUAGUUAAUCCUAUCAAUACUUCAUUGCUUGGUCAAGAGUAUAAAGACUGUGUGUAUUUGCCAUUUUGUUAUUUCUUGAGGCACCAUAUUUGGAGGACUGUUGAAAAGUUGCCUUGGCUACAUGUAUAUUAUUUCAUGUUGGUUUUCCCAGUUUUUGGAAGUGUAAUUAGCUGUUUCAGAUUUCUGGAUGCAAUGAACUAUUAAUAUCUGGAAAACACAAGAGUAUCAACUGGCUUUUAAUUUUUAUUUGAAAGCAUUACAUUUUAGGAGUCACAUGGUACACUUUUCAGUUAGUCAUUAUUAAUUGAUCUUGAAAUGAAAUUGAUCUAGCUAUUGUUCAACAGUAUUUUAUAACUGAAUUUAACCUGACUCCGUUUUUCACAGGGUUAAUUGAGUUAAAUAAUUUAAUACCAUCAAGGGAAAAAAGCAAUUUAAAUUGAGUUUCUGAUUUUCAUUUUUGCAUGUUUUGUGAACAAGGAUGUGUGUUAACUGGUUACUAUAACAACUAAAUAUUCAUUUGCAACUAAAUAAAGCUUUUAUACAACCUUGAAAUAUAAUCCCAACCUUUGGACGUGCAGCCCACAUACACUGCAGAAUUACACUUGCUUAGAGGCAAGACAGAUUUUUGUUAGGCGCUUUCUGUAUCCAUGCAAGGAUACUGUACAAAAACAAUUACUUCAAAGGCUAAGGCUACAGUUGUAGGUGCUUUUAUUUAUACACAAAUUCAGCUGAACAAAGUUGAAUUUACUUCUGAGUAAAGUUGCAUUAGACUUUGCUGUAAGUGUCCUGAACUUUUUCAUCAUCAUCAUCAAAAUAAAAAUUAAAUUAUACCCUUCCCAUCUGGCUGGGUUUCCCCAUCAACCCUGGGUGGCUCUCAACCGAAUACAGUGGUACCUCGGGUUAAGUACUUAAUUUGUUCCAGAGGUCCGUACUUAACCUGAAACUGUUCUUAACCUGAAGCACCGCUUUAGCUAAUGGGGCCUCCCACUGCCGCCACGCCGCCGGAGCACAGUUUCUUUUCUCAUCCUGAAGCAAAGUUCUUAACCUGAAGCACUAUUUCUGGGUUAGCAGAGUCUGUAACCUGAAGCAUAUGUAACCCGAGGUACCACUGUAUUAAAAACAGUACAGCAAAGCAAGAGUUGGUAGUGAGCAAAAUAGUAUUUCUCAGUGGGACAGAUAAGUAAUGUUGGUGCUGUUAAAUAAUUAGACAUAAAUUGGAGAACUGAACACAUUUCAGAAGAACAGGUAGCUGGACAGCAUAGAAUAUGAAUACAGGAUCACUCGUCUGGGUUUUAUAAGUGAUCCUAGUGAUUUAUACUGUAUAAUCUCUGGAGUCCUAGCAGUUCUGCUGAUUUGCUAGGAAGCAUAAAACAAUAAAUAGUAAUACAUAACUUAGUUUGUCAGUUGUAAUGUUAAAAUGUGGAUUAUGGUCUGAAAAAUAACUAAACCAAGGAAAACUGUUAGAUUGAGAGAUGGAAGAUAGCAGAAACCAGGAUUUAUGGCCAACAUCACACUCUUAUGCAUGCAUACACAGAAGUAAGUCCCAGAGUUCAAUGGGACUUAACCCAGAUAAGCACAGUGUUCUUAAAGCUACCAACAUGAGUUUGACCAAACUGCGGGAGGCAGUGGAAGACAGGAGUGCCUGGCGUGCUCUGGUCCAUGGGGUCAUGAAGAGCUGGACACGACUAAACAACAACAACAAAGGACAUAGACAAUUGCAGCCUGCAUAGUAGCCUUUUUCUGAGCUUUGAAAGUUUGACACUGCAUUGACCAACUCUAUAAUUGUUUCUAUAGAUUGUAAUCAUAGUGGGUUUUUGUGUGUGUAAUACUUGUAGUAUCCUUUUUUAAAAUCGGCAUUUGUCCAUCUUGUUUGUGAAGAUUUGCAAAAAGCCAGUUACGUGAAUUCACUUAUUUGUAUCUGGGCAUACAUUUCAAGCACACUUUUACAGCGUUUCCUGUCUGAAAUAUACCUUUCAGAACUUAAACAAACAAGCAUAUGACUUGGCAAAGGCUUUACUGAAGAGGACGGCCCAAGCUAUUGAACCAUACAUUACUAAUGUAAGUGAGGAUUUAAAGUGACUGUGCUGAUGAAACUGAGUAAAACAUAUAAUUUGAUGAUGACUAAGUACGUGCAUAUCCAUAGAGUCAGAACCCUUGCUUAGAACCCUUGGAAAGCUAAACUGUUUCUAUAUGACACCAAAAUAAUAGUAACAUGGUCUCUAGGCAGGCCUUCUCAGGGAAGGUAUUCCACAUGGAACACCACAGGAAAAGUGCACACUCUCUUUCUCCAGCUGCUACCUGUCACAUUUCAGAUGGUGCAGGGAUCUGGAGAAAGACCUUAGAUGGCAUUCUUGGUCAAUGGGUGGAUUGAUAUGGCAAUCCAACAAAUAAUUUGGCUCCGAAGCUGUUUAGGGCUUUAAAGGUUAAGAGCAGUGCUUUCAUUUGAGUUCUGAAACUUCCCGAUAGCUUGUGGUGUUGUUUCAGUACAAGAAAAAGACAGUCUCUCUGCCAGAAAUGAAAAAGACUGUCAUAGCAGUGCUCUAGGCACAUCAGUGUUCCGCGGGAGAAUUAUUAAUGUAGAUUGUGAAAUGUUUUAUUUUCAGCUAUACCCAAUAAUUGUUAUUCUGCAUAAAUGUGGUUUCCAUUGCACAUACAUUUUAAAACAAAUUGAACAAAAAUUGAAUCAUUUGGGGCGAAAGGCGGGAUAUAAAUGUAAUAAUAAAUAAAUAUGAUUUCUCUUACAUUUGAAAGCUCAUUGCGUUAAAGGGCACUUGGAAAUUUAGACUAUGAGCUUAAGUUGAAACUAGAGUAAGUCUCCUACGUAGGGUUAGUAUGUUAUUGUUUCCUGCAGUUAACUAGCUGAGUUACCUGAAAUCUAAGAUAGCAGGCAUUUGGGUAGAAUGCUAGGUUAGUGGGCCUUCUUAAAGUACUUGUUAGCUUUCAAAUGAUGUACUUUUAGAAAUAUAAAGAGCUAAGCCGAAGUUAAAAAUAGAAGUUUGUUCUUAAGAUGGGCUUCCAACUACUUCAAAUGUGAGAAGGUAGUUACUCGGGAGUUUGGGGGUCACAUGUUUGUCCUCUGGGCAUUUUGAUAGCCCUUUGUGGUGUCUUCCCAGAACAGCUUGGAAUAGUUUGUUGAGAGAGGCUGAGAACCUUCUUCUGCUGUUGAUACAUCUUGCUUUGUCUUACAGUUCUUUAAUCAAGUGCUUAUGUUAGGAAAAACGUCUAUCAGUGAUCUCUCGGAGCAUGUUUUUGACUUAAUUCUGGAGCUAUACAAUAUUGAUAGUCAUCUUUUACUAUCAGUUUUGCCACAGCUUGAAUUUAAACUAAAGGUAAGUGUUCUAUCAGUUGUAUCAAAUCUGGAUCCUUUGCACCUCAGUGAACAUUGGUGCGUCAACUCCUUUUCCUUAUGAGCGCCUUUUAGUUUCCCUGUAGCAAUUCUCUUUAUCUAGCCCUUUGGGUUCUCCUCAGGCCACACCCCCUUCCAAGUACUGUUCUUCACUGGUCUGUGGCCCCUGAAAACAGAAUUAUAGAGUUGGAAGGAACCCACAAGGAUCAUCUAGUCCACUGCAGUGAAAUAAUCCUGCCCACAGCUGUCCCUGGGUGGGCUAGAACCACCAACCUUCUGGUUAACAGCCAGUUGCACUGACCCAUUGCACCACAUGACUUGAAGGGGGCCAGACUGGAAAAGGCUCCCCACCUCUGCCCUGCAGCAUUCCAGGUCCACUACCUAUAUGCAAUGGAGGAGGAGGAGUUUGGAUUUGAUAUCCCGCUUUAUCACUACCCGGAGUCUCAAAGCAGCUAACAUUCUCCUUUCCCUUCCUCCCUCACUACAAACACUCUGUGAGGUGAGUGGGGCUGAGAGACUGCAAAGAAGUGUGACUAGCCCAAGGUCACCCAGCAGCUGCAUGUGGAGGAUCGGAGACGCGAACCCGGUUCACCAGAUUACGAGUCUAUCGCUCUUAACCACUACACCACACUGGCUCUCUUUACAUGCAGUAACUGUGUCCAGAUGCUGUUUCAGUUGGCAAGCUGAAUUAAUAUUCCCCUCAACGCUCCAUAUAUCUGCUUGCAAAGAACACAGGAGCACAUGGUCGUAAAUAAUUUCUUUGUUGCCCUCUGCAUCUGUGGGAUGAAAGCAGAGGAGCAGCACUGGAGUAUACAUAAGCAGCUGGAAUGAAGAGGGGGAAAAGGAAAUGAAACAGAAUUCUGGUGUAUGUGUAGUCUUAACUUCAGCUAAUGCCACUUUGUGCUACAUUUGCCAUACCUCUUAACAUUGGCCCCGUAGGCUGAAAAGGAGCGGGGAAAGAGCAUGCAAUAGCAUCCAUCUCUAUGUUAGUGUCUAUGACAGCGUUUGGACGCAAUGCUGAGCCAUAAACUAUGGGAAAGUAGCGCAGACUGUGCCAUGUAACUUGGAGCUCUUCCACUUUGACACUCCCUGCCUCCAGCAGGGAGACAAACCACAAUGCAAUUGUCUUAUAAUAUAUCUGAGCCAGUUCUCAGGAUUUGUUUUUCUCCAGACCAUAUUCUAAACUUCCCAGUUGUAGUUUGCUUGGGAGAAAUAAACCAGGGGCACAUGUUUGAACAUAAGGCUAAACCAACCACUCUGUGGACUGUUUCCUUGCUGGAGGUAGGGAGGAGUGAAGCAGAUGCACUAGCAGGCAGUGUAUGCACAACUAAUGUUAUUAGCUAUACCUAAGCAAAAGUAGGACUUAGAACUGUAGCCUUCUAACGCAUGCUAGGUGUACUUAACAAGGAGCAAGCUCCACUGAACAUAAUGGACCUGCUUCUGAGUAAACUUGCAUAGGACUGGGUUUAAGUUAAGCACAUAUGAGAAGUAUAAUAAGUGAGUGAUACCUUGGUCCUCAAAUGGUAUUCGUAAAUUGUUUAUCAGAGUCAUAUGGCUGGACAGGUUUAAUCACUUCCUUUAUAAACUGACUUUGUUGCUUGUUGGUUCAUUUCCUCAGCUAUUAUUUGCUACCUUUUUAAAUUUUAAAAUGAUAUAUGUGUAUGCUUUUUUUUAAAGAAAUAGGUUUGUUUGACAACCUGUUUUUACAGAGUCUGUCUUGUCUGUCUCUUUCUCUGUGUAUGCAUUAUAUAUUUAUAUUGAAACUUAUUUUAUUUUCCAGAGCAAUGACAAUGAAGAACGCCUGCAGGUUGUAAAAUUACUAGCAAAAAUGUUUGGGGCAAAGGAUUCAGAGUUGGCAUCUCAAAACAAACCACUUUGGCAGUGCUAUCUGGGGAGGUAUAAAUUGUUUAGUUCCUUUACCUUGGGAAUUAAAUACUGAAAUUUCAUAGAAUCAUAGAAUCAUAGAGUUGGAAGAGACCACAAGGGCCAUCGAGUCCAACCCCCUGCCAAGCAGGAAACACCAUCAGAGCACUCCUGACAUAUGGUUGUCAAGACUCUGCUUAAAGACCUCCAAAGAAGGAGACUCCACCACACUCCUUGGCAGCAAAUUCCACUGUCGAACAGCUCUUACUGUCAGGAAGUUCUUCCUAAUGUUUAGGUGGAAUCUUCUUUCUUGUAGUUUGGAUCCAUUGCUCCGUGUCCGCUUCUCUGGAGCAGCAGAAAACAACCUUUCUCCCUCCUCUAUGUGACAUGUAACAAAUUUAAUGUAACAUUUUGUUAUUUUGCAGCAUUUUAGAAAUUCUUUUAUGUCUAAUAUGAGCUAUAGAUACAUAUGAACUAUUUGUUCUGUAUCCUCUGAAAUUGACAUAAAUAAAGCUAGAUCUUCAUCUGUGGUUCCACAAACCUUACAAUUAUGAACCAUCUUACUUAGUUUACUGCCAUUCGCUUCUUUCUGCUAACGUAGAUUAAUCUGACUCUUGUCAACACCACAACACUGUACUAAUAAAUUCUGUGUUUAUAUUGGAUUUGAUUAAUAUUCAACAGUUGUGGAGCUUUCCAAGGAACAGUAACAAAAACAAGGCUUUAGACUUUUAAUUAGGUGACAAAUGCAUAUAUUAAUAAACAUUUGCAUGAAAGAGAUGCAUGCUUAAAGAGUAUAUCUUCCAGCUGAUUUGUCCUUUGGUUAAAAUGAGAAAUAGGCUAUAGUAUUACAUUUUUGAAGUAUCUGUUUGGAUGUAAAUGGCCAAGCCUGAUUUAUCAGACACAAGUUGGGUAGCAGGUUAAGGGAGCAGAAUUGUAGCCCAGUGGCAGAACCAUCCACAUUGCAGGCAGAAGGUUCCAAGUUCAAUCUUGGCAUCUCUAGGUAGGGCAGGAAAAGACUGUUGCUUAAAACCCUGGCAAGCUGCUUCCAGGUAGUGUAGACAGUACUAAGCUAGAUGGAACAUAGUGCAUUCUCUUGAACAGUGAAUACCUUAGUAAUGUCAUAAGCAAGUGAAGCUUUGGAUGUCAGAUUGUAUGACACUAGAAAGUUGAGCAGAGGAGCUUCGUUGCCAUUAUAACUUUAUUAAUAUUGGGUUGGAUCCAGACUUGCCAAAGCUGGAAUCAGCUGUUGUGUUUCCAGGCUCUUGCACAGCACCUUGAGAUAUCUUUUCAGAGUAUUCUUCUAAGUCUUUGUUAUAACAGUUACAUAAUACCUGUAGAAUUUAUUCUGCUUGCAAAUAUCUGAAUCUAAUCCGUCAUGUUUACCAGACUGUUUAUCUUUUGAUUCUUUGAAGGAAUAGGUAUGGCAUUUUGAUGAAAAUUGAAAUGAGGGAUAACAUACUGUGGUUUUUUUGUUUUUUAAACAGGUUUAAUGAUAUCCAUGUACCUAUCCGUCUUGAAUGUGUGAAAUUUGCUAGUCACUGCCUUAUGAACCAUCCAGAUCUAGCAAAAGAUUUAACAGGUAUCAGUAAAUUGAGUCUGCAAAAGAAGAGGAACUCUUAGCAUUUAUUCUGUUUUUAGUAGUAGCAAAAUAACAGCACUGUUUUUAUAGUGCAUUUACAAAGCGCCUGGUUUUUGAUAUUUACUCCUGGUAGGGAAGCAAGCCUUCACACUCACCUGUGGCCUAAUCUGACUAAUACAGUCAGAUAUAUUUUUCUAAGGCACUAGUUGGUCACAGCAGGGGAACUACCACUAUACAAAUAUAUAGUAAAAGAUUAAGAAAUGGGUCCCCAAAUUCAUCUUUGGGUCAAAAGUAGGUUCUGGGUCUGAAAAAGUUGAAGAUAACUAGUCUAAAGCAGCCUUCCCAUGAAGAACUUAUUUAUUAAAUUAAUGUCCCACCCUUCCAAAUGAGCCCAGGGCAUAAAAUCAUACCAUUAAAAAUAAAAGCCUUUAAAAACAAUUAAAUGCUUCUGAUAAGUCCUGUAGCCAGCAUCUUAUUCUUCAACUGUUAGUGGACAAGCAAAUAUAACACCGUAGUGAUUAAAUUAGCUAUUUUCAUGAAUUAAAGUCUUUUGUUCACAACUUAUCAGAUAAUAACGGACAGCGAGUUUAUUAAGAGGAAAAUAUUAAAUUGUAGUUGUAGUGUCUCCCAUUAUACAAGCUUUUGCCCUUCAUUCUCUGGGACUAGUGUGUCAGCAUCAGUCUACGUCAGUUUAGGAUACUCAAUAUAAUAGUAUAAAGUUUUAAUUAGGGUGUCUUUUUUUGUACAGAGUACCUUAAAGUGAGGUCUCAUGACCCUGAAGAAGCUAUCAGGCAUGAUGUUAUUGUAUCAAUAGUUACUGCUGCUAAGAAAGAUCUUUUGCUUGUCAAUGAUCAUCUUCUUAACUUUGUGAGAGAGCGAACGCUUGACAAACGGGUAAGUCAUUGUAUAUGUAGGUCAAUUACUUGGAGUCAUUGUUAGUCCAAGAGUAGGCAACUAAUUCAGCAUGUUAAAAAUUCCUUUCCGUUAAGAUUUCUCGCAAGAAUUGACUAAUUGCAUAUUUGCAUACUGUGAUUAUCUACUUUACCCGCACAUAUUCUUGCAUUUCCUAAAUUAUGAGAUUGUAUAAACAUGAGAGUAAAAAAACAGUGAACUUGUUGUGAAUACUGUGAAAGUUUUGUGUGCAACUGUUUCCAUUUUAUGAUCCACACAGAAGUGCCUUCAGGAUUUUGUAAUGUGUAAAGAAGUCUUUGUAAUUGUUUUGUUCUGCCUUAGCCAUAGUACUUUAAAACAACCCAAUGUAUGAUUAUUAUUAUUAUGAUUAUUAGGUUUAGUGGAUUAGUUGAAUUUAUAAUUUGUUCAAAUGUCAGAUUAGGUCUGUAGCACAUCUUACGAAAAAGCAAUGUAGCUACUUACUUAAUCUUAGUGCAUGAAGAGCAAAAGUAUAAGGAACAACCUUUAUUGAACUGUGUAUUAUUAUUUUUGGCUGUUGGUUUUAAUACACACACACACACACACACACACACACACAGCUGGGGGGAAAAUCUGGUUGAAUACUGUUUCUUUCCUUGUGUUAAUUUGUUGCCUUAUUGUAGCAAACUCCCCCCUUUUGAUAAGUAUACUGCCCGCAUUGUGUAAAGAUGCAUAGCACCCUUCAUUUCAAACCCAGGGCAGGUAGCAACAAUAUUAAAACACUCAAUAGUAGAAGUGAAUAUCCAAUAAAGCCAAUAAAACAGUUAACAGCAAGAAUGAAUAAAUCAGCAUAAUCAUUACAAAGUCAUUGAAGCAGCACCUAACCACUCAUAAAGUCCUGGGGGCAAACACAUGGGUCAUAGCUGGCACCAGAAUAACAAUAGAGUUGGCACCAGAUGCACUUUUUGGAGGAAGACUUUCCAAAGGCAGGGUGCCACCACGGAGAAGGACCUAGCAAUUAUAGUUUCCAGAUUGUUUUCAAGGGCAGCAACACAUAAAGCACAUUGCAACAAUCCAAAAUUUUGAAAUGUGUAUGAAAAUAUAUUUAGAAACAAAGGUAUAUUUUGAUGUUUGAGACAUGUUGUUGUUUUAGUGGAGAGUGAGAAAAGAAGCAAUGAUGGGACUUGCACAGAUAUACAAGAAGUACUCCUUGCAGUCAGAAGCUGGAAAAGAAGCUUCAAAACAAAUUGCCUGGAUAAAGGACAAGCUGCUGCAUAUAUAUUAUCAAAACAGUAUUGAUGAUCGGUAGGUUAACCUGAAUAUAUACAAUUAGGAAGUAUUCAUCCUUUUGCCUUGUGUGAGUAUGCCUGCUGACCAAUAGCAAUAAAGUCGGAAAAGAACACAAACAGCUCAUUGAGUCUAGGAGGGCAUUCAAACAGCAAUUCCAAAGUCUGCACUGCUUUUGGAACUUGGAAUGUUAAGUGUACUGAAUUCUCUGGCCAUAACUCUUUUGCAUUCAUAGAAAUAGGUGUGAUAUUCAUACUCGGCCUACACAGUUUGUUUGAUCAAAUGAAGCUUAUAUCUAAACUAAGCCAUAGGGUUCUUAUGUGGAAAACCUUGAUUUCCAGCUAUGUGAAUUAACUUGCUUAAGCCUAGAGACUUCUUGCAGGCUCCUCUGAGGAGGAUAUUGAAAGACACUAUUUUUAAACAAAUCUUGGUCUGCCCUUUUUUUCUGAAGUUGAGGUCUUAUGUUUCAUAAUGUGGUUAGUGAGAGCAAGAUAGGAUCUGAAAUCAUGGUUUUAACCUGGUUUGUUCUCAACACAGUUUAAGUAAGGCACAGUUUUUCCAGUGCCGGCAUCAUGGGGAACUGUGAUUGGUUUAAAAAAGAUAGCUUUUGAUAAACUCAUAUGGUACGUCAAAAAGGAGAAGGGAUUGCAGAGCAUGACAGACUACGACUGCAAUCUUAUAAACAAUUAUCAGGGUGUAAGCCUCAAAUUUUCUAGAAGCUUGUUCACCUGGCAAAAACAAUAGUUUCUAUUUACAUCUGAACCAUUGUGUAUUUCUAUAGAUCUUAUAAAUAUUUUAAAUAAGUAGCAUUCUGUUUGUAACAUUUCAUUGCUAAUUUUAUUUGUUAAAUUUGACUUACUUCGAUCAGUUUGGUACUGAUUUAGUUUUUAUAUGCACUUAAUCAUAGUGGAUAUUGAGAAAUUUGCUUUAGUAACUUCAAUCUUGUUUCAUAUAACAGAGGCUUAUUAUUGACUAUCUCUCUUUAGACUGCUGGUGGAACGCAUCUUUGCUCAGUAUAUGGUGCCUCACAAUUUGGAAACAAAUGAAAGAAUGAAAUGUUUAUACUACCUUUACGCCACCCUGGAUUCAAAUGCUGUUAAGUACGUUUUACAUGACAAAUUGGGAACUAAUAAUGAUGUUUGCAAUGCUAAUAGAUCUAAUAAUCUUAGUGCGACAGAAUUUUUGCUUGGAUAAUAUCUGGAUACAGACUGUGCUCAGUAUUUAGUAGGUUAAGAUUUCUAUCAAAAUCCAUCCUUGAACAUGAAAGAAGAGAAAAUGGGAAAGAGACCUUGCUACGUCUUUCAUAUUUUUUGACUGUUUACGUUGAUUGUGAAUUACAGUUUUCACAGGCUGUUUAGUGCUUCCUCAAAGUAUAUUGCAAACAUAUUGUGGGUGGAACAGAGUUGAAACUGGUUUAUUUCGCUCUAUAAUUGGAAACAAAUUGGCAAGGCUAAAAUGAAUUUGGUUCUAGUCUGCCCCACAUACCCACUAUUUCAUGAUGGGUGUCAUUAAUUAUUGUCUAAUAGGUAUUAGCAUAUUUGGGUACAAUUCGCUUAGAAAACAAUAGUGAUAGAAAUUAUAGGAUAAUCCGAACUAGCACUAUGUGCAAAGUUUUAGCUGCUUCUCUGUAUCAGAAUUUGUGUAUAAACACUUCAUAAAUUAAGAAACAUUUGUAUAAUGGCAUUGUGAUAUUUUUAGUCCCUUUCCAAUGAUCUCUAACAUGAGAACUAGUGUGGUAUAGUGGUUAAAGUGUUGUAUUAGGACCCGGAAGACCAGGUUUCAAAUCCCUUCUUAGCAAGAAACUCACUUGGCUUGUCCCAGUCUCUCACAGCCUAACCUACCUCACAGGGUUGUUGUUAGGGUAAAAUAGGAAGGAAGAGAAUCACAUGUCCAAACUUCAAACUGCCUCCCUAGCUGGUAUCUUGCUUUUAGUGGGUGGUAUUCAACUAACUUUUCCCCAGAGUAGGCUCAUGUAGAUGAAUGAAUAUGACUAAAUCGUAAUGGUCUGCUCUGAGUACAGCUUCGCUGAAUAUCACCCAAAGUAUUUAAAUAAUUGAAGGGAAUGGAUUGAUAAAAAGGAAGUUGAAAGAGGAAGUCAAUAGGGACCAAUCUUUCCAGAAUGCUUGGAUGGUAUUCAAAACUGCAAUAAUAGAAGCUCAACAAGAAUGGAUAUGGAAAGCUAUGAGAGGAUACAAUCAUGGGUAAUGAACAGAGUUAAGGAAGUUAUUACAGAUAAAAAAAAGGAAGUGUCAUCCAAAUGAGAGGGAAAAAGGGAACACAAACAUUGCCAAAGGAAAUGCAUGCAGACAAUAAGGGAUGCAAAAAAGCCCCAAAUAAAUGAAUCUGAAUAAUAAAUAUUUUGCUAAAGGCAUUAAGGGCAAGAACAAAAUAUUGUUAGUUCUUCAGCAGAAGAGUAGGCCUUAAAGGCUUAUAGCCAGGUGAAUUGUUAACUGUAAGUUUCUCCCUAUUCAUAGUGCUAACAGUUUAGGAAGUUGCAGUUAUGAGUACUAUAUCAGUUAUUUGUUUCUUUAUAUUUUAACUAUCAGGGCACUGAAUGAAAUGUGGAAAUGCCAAAAUCUAUUGCGGCACCAAGUAAAGGAUAUGGUUGACUUAAUCAAGCAACCCAAAGUAAGUUUAUUUCCUUUUUAACUUUUGUGCAUACUACAAAAUACUUAGUUCAUGCUAAUUCUUGUAGAAAGCUCAAUAUUCAACCGCAGUUGUGAAACUGCUGUCCCUUUUAAGAAGCAUCAAAUAAGCAAAAGGAAAGUAGAAAUUAUGAAGACUCUUAAGGCAGCAAUUAUCCCAUUUAGCUAUUGUCUAUUUCAUUGUUCUGUAUGGGACAAUGGCAAUAAAGAUAUUGUAUAUCGUCCUUUUAACAUGUUAAUAAAUAUGUGAGAGAUUAAGGUGUUUUAUAAAAUAAAAGCAUUAAAAACAUUUAUUUAAUUGUGUUUACUAAAUUUUAUUAUUUCGUAACAAUAAUAAAAAUAAAAGGACUUUCAGUUGACUAUUGAACUAGGACCAGGGAAAUCCAUGCUUAGAUCACUGCUCAGCAAUGAAGUUCACUGGAUGACCUUGGGCCAACUCAUUGCCUCUCAGUCUACCCUACUUCACAAAGUUGUUGUGAAGAUAAAAUGGGCUGAGUGGAUGAGGACCAUGUAUGUGUUCCUUGCAGGAAAGGCAGGAUAACAAUGAAGUGAGUGAAUGAAUGUGCAGUAAAUAUCCCUAUUAAUAUUGGCUCUGUGGUAAAGACAUCUUUCUUACAAUCCAGGACAACCAUAAGGUGUCAAACUAAAUCAUACUUGGAGUAGACCUAUCAAAAUCAAUAGAUUUAACUAACUUCAGUCCAUGGAUUUCACUGAUUCUACUUUCAGUAUGACUUAUUUCAGGGGAAGGUAAUCAUUUUUCUCUACAGGACAGAUUAUGAUCAGGAUCUGCCUAGUGGGCCAGAUUUCGCAAAUGAGUGGGUCCACCCACCUGUAACAAUUCCCUUUCAUUCUGAUCUUAAGUGGGAAGGGGGGAGGUUUGCAGAAGAUCUUUUGAAUCUCCCUCCACCUUUAAGAUCAGAGCUGGUCCUUAAACUACUGAUUUCCUUUUCUUAACAAGCUUUCAGUGUACAUCUGGAUUUACUUGUCUGUAUAUUAAUCUGGAAGCUUUGGAAAGAAUGUUUCUGUACCUCUAAGGUUGAAACAUGCUUACUUUGGCAAACGAGAGUUUACAGUCCUCGAGAUGAGGCUUAACAGCCCAAGACAUCCAAAGAGGCUUAGGGAAUAAUGGGAGGAGGAGAUGUGGUUGUUAGGAAAACGAUUUUUAAAAAUGGCUUCUUAGGGCUUUUUAUAUGAAAGACAAGUAAGGAGGACGUGAUAGAAACUUAUAAAAAAAGAGAGCGAUUUCUUCACCCCUCUCAACAUUAAAACGAGGGGUUGUAUUUUACACAGCGUAUAAUUAAUGGGGUUUGCUGCUGCUGCUGCUGCUGCUGCUGCUGCUGCAAGAUUUUGGUGAUGACUUUGUCUUAGAUGGUUGACAACCAGAAGUGUUGGGCUUAUUCCUUUGGGAAACAGGAUACUGGUGGACCUCUUGUCUGGUUCAGUAUGGCUCUUCAUGAGAAUUUUUGUUUGCUUGAAAAGACAUUUAAAUUGCUCUUAGAGAGCUUAUAGUGAAUUAAAAAGAGAACUGUCUAAAAGAAAAAAAGAUGUGUGAUGAGUUUUUGAUGUUUAAUGAUGUUAUAAAUUUGCUUUUGUUGGAAAAUUAAUAAAAAUCAUUUAAAAAAUAAAAUAAAAAGAGAACUGUUUUGGCAGUUAAGUCUUUGCUUUCCUUCAAGGCUCAGUUGGAAAUUAAACUGUUCUUAGGCUAGGAUGAACAUAACUGUUGGUUAGUAUAGUUCAUCCUUGUGUGAGGUGGUAGCCUGAAUUGAAGAAGAACCAUUGGCCCUAGACUUGCUGUCACAAGCUUUUCUUCUUCCCAAGUGGAGCUGUUGUGUUCAAAAUAGCAAAAGUGAUAGCAGAAUGUAGCUCUGCUAUUUAGGAAAUGGAGUGAUGCAUGGAUAUGGACAAGACAUUUGCACGUUAAAAUUUGAUGGACGUGUUGGAAUGCGUCCCUUGCCUCAGAAUUGUAUGCGUUGCUGUGGAGCCAUUAAUUGUUUCUCCCCUCAUCCUGAAACAUUCUUCCUUAAGAUUAAGAAAGUAAUAUGUGGAAUAAUUUCAAAUUUCUGUUGUCCCUCUAAAGCUCCCCAUACUAAAGUAACUAUCAAAGCUUUUUUUAAAGAAAUGGUGUUCUAUUAAGCAGCAAAAUUGUGGUAGUAAUGGCAACUCAGAAGGAGCAUGUUUUCCAUGGGAUUGUAUAUCUAAAUCUGUGAUCUGUGAAAGGGUCUUUAAAGCAGAUUACGCAGAAUUCUGACAGGUAAUCAGUGACUUAUGCUGCCUGGCUUUUCUGAUAAGGAGUAGAAAAGCUUGAUUCAAAUAAAUUGCUUCGUUUGUGCUUAAUCCUCUGGAAAACUUUGCAGCAAGAACCUGACAGACUUCAGCACCGGUAUUGGAUUUCACUCCCGCUUAAUGAUGGGUCUGAAUUGUUUGAGUUGCUCUGUAGGCGAGACUGUGCUUCAGAACUUUUAGCGGUUGCCAUUAAAAACAUUGCCUCUCCAUUCUUUUCCAGUUGACUCAAAAGUCAAAACUGAGUUGUAGAAUUUCUUGAUGGCUUAAAAAAUAAAAUAAACAAUUUGAGAAAUUUUGCAUGACGUGAGAUAGGGUUAUGGCGAAUGAAAUCAUUUCUGACAGCUAUCUGGUUUCAAUCAAAUAAGCUAAAAUUUUAUUUAUUGCUACAUGCUGGCAUUUUAUUCCUUUUUAAAAAUGAGUAUUUUUCAGUAAUAUUUUUUUUAAAAUAAAGGAGUCCUCCUUUUCCCAUUAUAACUAGAUUGCCCCUUUCUGACAGGUGUUCAUAGUUCCCUGUUUAUAGGCAGUUGUUAAUAAAAUUAGUAGGGAGUUCAUGUGUUGGCAAUGUAAAAAUGAGAACAUUAUUGGAUUAUGAUGGUAUUUUAUUAGAAAAACAGCAACAGUUAAUGAAAUGAAAUAACACAGUCACAAGUAUCAUUGAUGAUGUAAAACAUCUUUUUAAUAUAAAAUAAAAUAAAAUGGAACGUUCAUACGGCUGCCUUCUCCAAGCUGGUGCCCUCUAUAAUUCCCACCAACCCAAGCCAGCAUGGCCAGUGGUCAGAUGAUGGGAACUGUAGUCCACAGAGUACCAAGCUGGAGAAUGCUAAAUGGAAUUUAGUUAUUCAAAGAGGGCUGGUUCUUAGUAUUUUUCUUUGCAUUAACUUUUUCGUGUAGUUUUUCAAAUUGGCAACACCGUAACUGUUGCUACUAUUUAUAUUAUGGUAAGGUGAUAAAUAUACUUUCAAAGGCAGCAACCUGAAUAUGGUUUAAAUAAACACUACAGAUGGUUUUGCCUGCUGUUAUAAAAAGAAAUACACUGGUAAAAAUAGAGUAGAAUAGUCUUUGUUAGGUGGCUACUGCAGAAACCCACAUUUUGGGGUUAUUAUUAGGCUUGCUUGGUCUUUUCCUUGGUCUUUAAUUUUUCCCCUGAUGAUUUCCAACAGCACAAACCUGCUUGUCAAAAUGUAAACCAAUUGUGAGUAAAUAUGCUUAGGAAUGUAGCAUAUAUAUCUAUAUCUAUAUACCCAUCAUGGUUUUAAGAGCAGCGGUGGACUCUGAACAAUUACCUUAUGCUCUGUGUUAAAAUCCAGCUUUAUAUUGUAUUCAACUUAUGAUGUAUAGAAAUGAUGUUAUCUAUUUCUGAAAUGAUGGUGAGCAUUAUACCUGAUGCUGUUUGAGUUCACAAUGCAAAGUCUUGACAUUCAAAAGUGCUUUCUCAUUUAAUUUCCAGACAGAUGCCAGUAGUAAAGCUAUAUUUUCAAAAGUGAUGGUAAUAACAAGUAAGUUUUAAAAAAUGUUUUAAAGCUUUAAUACUUUAACACUGUUUCCUCGCUCAUUGUUUUGUUCAACUGUUGAUUCAGGUACUUUCUAAUUUGGAGGGAGUAUUAAGACAGUGAGGUCUGAAAUGCCCCAGAACAAGUUGUGUGAAGAAUAUUGUUAGCAUAAGCACAUAUAUCAUCAGUACAGUUAGUGGUUUGAAAUUUAGAACUGAGGGAGUAGUGGGGGAAUAUUUUUUCACUGGGCGGUAUCUAACUACAGUAAUACCUCUGGUUGCGAACCGUCCUCCUUGUGAACACUGCGGGUUACAAGCUCAGCUAACCUGGAAGUAGCUGCUCCUGGUAUCGAACUUUGCCCCGGGAUGCAAGCGAAAAUCGUGCACCAGAGGCAUGCGCGCAGCGGGAGGCCCCAUUAGAGAAAGCGCACCUCAGUUUAAGAACGGUUUCCGGUUAUGAACGGACCUCCGGAACGGAUUAAGUUUGUAACCAGAGGUAGCACUGUAAUAUGUUCUGUCAGACGCGGGUGGCGCUGUGGGUUAAACCACAGAGCCUAGGACUUGCUGAUCAGAAGGUCGGCGGUUCGAAUCCCCAUGACGGGGUGAGCUCCCGUUGCUCGGUCCCUACUCCUGCCAACCUAGCAGUUCGAAAGCACAUCAAAGUGCAAGUAGAUAAAUAGGUACCGCUCCGGCGGGAAGGUAAACGGCAUUUCUGUGUGCUGCUCUGGUUCGACAGAAGCAGCUUAGUCAUGCUGGCCACAUGACCUGGAAGCUGUACGCCAGCUCCCUCAGCCAGGAAAGCAAGAUGAGCGCCGCAACCCCAGAGUCGGUCACGACUGGACCUAAUGGUCACCUCUACCUAUGUUUGCCACAGACUUAAGAUGCUUCCAAGUGGCCCAUCGCUGAAGCUUGCCAGCCACAAUAGAAGCUAACUACAACUGGUUUUGGGGUGGAGUUUUUGUUUGUUUGUAUUAGGCUUCUUAAUUUUUUUUCUAUUAAGUGAUAUAAAAGUCCCAUUGAACCUAAACAUAUUUCACUUCCUUAAAGGAAACUUGCCAGAUCCUGGCAAAGCACAAGAUUUCAUGAAGAAAUUCACGCAAGUCCUCGAAGAUGACGACAAAAUUAAGAACCAGUUGGAAACACUUGUUAGCCCAACGUGUUCAUGCAAACAAGCUGAAGGAUGCGUGGUAAGAAUAGGUAUUAAAGCAUAACUUUUUGGUUAUUGAAUUGUCUUGUCUGUCAAUUAACUGUUGGCUAACAUUGAAUAUUGCAGCGAGAAAUUACAAAGAAGCUAGGAAAUCCCAAGCAACCUACAAACCCAUUUCUGGAAAUGAUAAAGUUCCUGCUGGAGAGGAUAGCCCCUGUGCACAUUGAUACAGAAUCUAUCAGGUACCUCUUUUCACUUAAUUUAGUGGUAAAAUUCAAUAAAACUGGUAGGAGGUAUUGCACAGACAGGUUUAUUAUUGAUGAGAAAAUUUACUUUAUUCCUCUCUUGAUGAUUAUAUUAUAAAUAGUAAUAACUAUAAAGCUGAGACAAAGAAAAUUGCAGAAAUUAAAUUUUUACCACUUUUCAUAAGGAAAAAUGAAGUAAGUCCUCUGAAUAGGGAGAAAUUUCAGGGGUGGAGGCCAAACAUAUUAGCAAAGUCUUGGGUUAGGGAGUUGCUUAUGGUGGCAAUAGAUUCAUUGUUUUAGAAUUUUAAUUUUUUGCACUAGGUAUGAAAGGGUUUUGCAGUCAUUGCUAUUAGCAGGAGCAGCAAGAGAGAGCUCUUCUGGGCAGCCAUAGUUUUCCCACCCCGAAGGCUGCUGAAAUUAUGCUACGUACUUUGUGUGUAGCAUUAUUCAAGAAGUAUGCAGGGCAGGUGGGGAAUCACAACUACCCAGAAAAGUCCUCUUUUGGUGUCAGUGAAUUCUCACAACAUUACAGGUAAGAUUUUUUUCUUAAGGUAAGCAUUUUCCCUUACAAAAAAACAAUGAAUAGGUACAGCUGCUCCACCCAUGAAAUCAACAAAAUGGUUCUCCCAAAUUUGUCACUUCCAAAAGGGGUAAGGUGUUGGGUUCAUCACUAGUUGUAACCAGUAAAAACAGCAAUAGCUGAAGUCCUGACCUUUGUGCAUUUAUAACAAUGUUUAUGAUCAACAUAAUGGACAUCACCUAAAAUAAUUUUAAAAAAUCACUUUAAAUUACCAUUAAUUCAGUGUUCUGGCUUUCCAUUUAGGAUGUUUGCUUAGCUAUAAAAAACAUAAAGGUAAUAGAAAGUAUUAUUCAUGGUAAGGUAAAGGACGGUCCUUUACUUUUACAAAGGCGACUAUGGGUUAUUCAUAGUAGUACAUCACAAUCAGUACUAUCAGUUGAGAUUUAAUCAAAGCUUUUUAACAAUGUAUAGUUAUUUACUUGCUAUGGAAGGAAAAUGUCUAUCUUAAUAUGACAUGCAACUUUAGCAAGGAAUCAAAAAGGAUUUUUUGGUACUAGUAAUGCAAAUAGCACUAGCUAUAGCUCAGCAAGUAUAAAAUUAUAUACUGGUGAUUAACUUUGAUCUUGUCCUUUGUUAGUGCCCUAAUUAAACAAGUGAACAAAUCCAUAGAUGGAACAGCAGAUGACGAGGAUGAAGGUGUACCGACUGAUCAGGCAAUCAGGGCAGGUCUUGAAUUGCUUAAGGUAAAGAGCUCCUCCUGUAGUUAGUGAGAAGCAUUAUUGGAAAAAUGGAUGCUGUGGUUGGGAUGGUCUAAAGCAGGGGUGGCCAACUCCCAAGAGACUGCGAUCUACUCCCAGAGUUAAAAAAUGGCAGUGAUCUACCCCCUUUUUGGGGGUUCGGGUGAAAGUUGUUGAGAUUUUUUCAGGGAGGAGGUAAAAUGUUGAGCUUUUUUUAGGGGAUCCAGUUGUUCAGCUUCUUUGGGGGGAGCCAAUGAUCUGCUAGUUAUCUACCGCAGACGUCCAGUGAUCUACCAGUAGAUUACAAUCUACCUCUUGGACAUGCCUGGCCUAAAGCAUGAGACAAACUUGUGAGUAUUAUGUAGGCUGGGGUGUGUGUCAUAUUUAGGGUGCAGCUGUUGCUUAGCCAGAUCAUAUUAUUGAUGAGAAAUGGAGCGAAUGAGUGCUGUGUUAGUCUGUCUUGCCAUAUGUUCCCUGUGCAUUUUAAUUUUAUAGUUGAGAACUGCUGUUAUAUCAUUUGGAGCACUGCCACUGGCUACAACUUGGCAUUUAGUGGAUGUAUUUUUUGCCGUUGAUUUCUCCUGGUAUAUAAAAGAUUACUUAAUAAUUGAGCUGAGUAAAUAUAGUCAUAUAAUGGUUUGGUUUGUAUGGGGUGUUGUGAGAAUAAACUUUAAAAGAACCAUAUUGCUUACUUUGCAGGUGCUUUCGUUUACACACCCUAUCUCAUUCCAUUCAGCUGAAACUUUUGAAUCCCUCCUGGCUUGCCUGAAAAUGGAUGAUGAAAAGGUGGCUGAAGCGGCACUGCAAAUUUUCAAGAACACGGGAGGCAAAAUUGAAGAGGAUUUCCCACACAUCAGAUCGUGAGUUAAAUACAGUACCUUUAGGCCGUCCAUAUUAAAUUACAGUUUUAGAAUUCUUGGGCAGAAUUUAGCUCUUAGGGAAGUCAGUAAUGAAACACUUAAUUUUGAUGACGUCGGGUUGCACCUGUUGCUUCCACUAAAUAACAAGGCGCUGUCACCACCCUGGAACAGAAGCAAGCCAAAGUCUGGCUGGUGUUAUAUAUGAAUCUGGGAUCGUGGUUUAUUUCUCUCCCCCCAAAAAUUCAUAAACAGUAAGCAAGGAGCAAGCCUUGGCUUGUAAUUGUAGUUUGUCUGAAGAGAAACAAAGUAUGAGCCUGUGUUCGCAUAUAAACGACAAAUCAGACGGGCUUGUUUCCUGCCUGACGUGGUAGGAGUGGAGCAGGAAAGUAGCCAAGUGUGGACUUUUUGAGCAGGGCACAACAGCAUGCUUCUCAUUCAUGUUAAAACAUAGUUUAUGUUAACUGUGGUUUAAUUUUAUCUGAGAACUAGGCCAUUAUGUUAAAACAAAGCAAGCUCUACUGAUGAUAGUUGCCAGGACACAGCUGGAGAUGAUGUAGUUCUGUCGAAAUUGGUUGACUUUUAUUUUUCACAGUCAACUUGAGGCCUGCAUUGUUCAGUUUUCCUUAGCAUAGUGCUGAGAGAAAUGCUCCUCAAAUUGCUUAAAGUAAAAAAACAUUUUAGAAAGGAAAGACAUAGAUUUUAAUACAAACGAAACAGAUAUUUCGGUGCACCAAUUAUCCUGAGAGACUGGAAAUACAUCCACGGAUCUUCAAAAUGAUUACCACAGACUUUCAAACCCUAUGGAUUUUGGCUUGGUGGGUUUGCUCUCUGCAUUCAGGGAAGACCUGUUUUUUUCAGACUACUGUGGAAGAAAAAUUAAGUAUUUGAAUAUAGCUUUCGUGUUUCUCCCCCUCCACUUUGGAAAAAAAAAAAGAAACAUUUUGACCGCUACAUUUAUAUCUAUUUAAAGCAAACAAAAGAAAUGUGACAGAUAUACAUUAAUAAAAAAAACUUUUUACUUUUAGUGCUUUGCUUCCAGUUUUGCAUCAUAAAGCUAAGAAAGGACCGCCUCGCCAGGCCAAGUAUGCUAUUCACUGCAUCCAUGCAAUAUUUUCCAGUAAAGAAACACAAUUUGCACAGAUAUUUGAGGUAAUUGGGGGGUUUCUUGCUGGGGGAAGGGGAAUUUUAUAGCACAUUUGUAUUUUUCUGGGAAUCUGCCAUAACUAAAUGCUUGAUACCCAAAAAUAUUGCAGUUAUGAGUGGAGUUAAAAUGUGCUUCUUGAAGAACAUUUGGUUCCAUUCCUUGUUCUGUUUGUUUGGGGAAGAGCUAUAGCUCCCUGGUAGAACAUCUUCCUUGCAUGGAGACCAUUCUGGGUUCGGAUGAACUGAACUAGAUGGACCAAAGAUCUGACUCAAUAUAAGGCAGUUUCCUAUGCUUCUGUGUUCUGAACAAAAGUGAUUAUCUUUAACUUAGUUCAACAGACUGCUAAUUAAGGGCAUGUCAAUUAAGUUUACUUUCAUUAAUAUUUAUUAAUACUUAAUGGCUGUAUUUAUUUUUUAGCCACUGCAUAAGAGUCUAGAUCCAACCAACCUUGAACACCUGAUUACACCUCUGGUUUCCAUUGGUCACAUAGCCUUGUUGGCACCUGAUCAGUUUGCUGCCCCAUUAAAGUCCUUGGUGGCCACCUUUAUUGUUAAAGACUUGUUAAUGAAUGACAGGGUAAGAACUUCUUUUUUUUACUCAUAACUUUAUUUUUUACAGCAAGAAAUUCAGAAACAGGAAAAAUAAAGUACUACUUAAAAUAAUGUCUGCAUAAACCUUUUCUUCACACAGGAGUGAAAAGCAUAAAUAUAUUUUUCAGACUGUGUCAAAUAAGCCUCCCUGGGUUAGUAACCAAAUUACUUUAACCUAAUAUUAAUUCAAAGCAGUAAAUCCUUGAAAAAAAUUCCCCAUCAUCUCUUUUUCAUCCCUCCCUUCCCCCUUUUUAUUAAAAUACACACAACCAGGUUCUCUGCUAUCACAAACAGGUACAUGGAUUCUCUUGAGUAUUACAGUGUUCAUAAAUUAAAAGCAUGCAUAUCUCUGAAUUAUAAUCCUGGAUUUCAACUUUCAUAAAGUGUCACAAACACUGCAUUUGACACAAUGCUAAGUCAAGUUUUGUUUAGCUCUCAGGGGUCACAGAACAUGUUUUUCCUUGCAAACAUGAACAUAUAUACAGCAUUUUUUCCACAAGAGAAAACAAGCCAGCAUUAGGUGUGCAGGAUCCUAACUUACUCAACAUACCAUGGCUAAAACAAGCGAUGGUUUAGUGUUGCUACCACUAUAAUCCAUGCCUUCCGAGUAUGUGAUUUUUGUUGGUAAAAGAAAAAUCCAUUUAGCUUACAUGGUUAAAUUGGUGUAUGCAUAGGCACCCAGUCCUGUAUUCCUGGUUUGGUUCACAAGAAUAAUAUAAUAUAAUAUAAUAUAAUAUAAUAUAAUAUAUAUCUAUACGGAAGCUGUAUAUUAAGAUGAAGUAGAGAAAAAACAGUGGUCUUCUCUGAAUAUUGUAUAUGAAACAAAUUAUAUAAUUUUAUUCAGAUGCCAGGUAAAAAGACAACUAAGCUCUGGGUGCCAGAUGAAGAGGUUUCUCCUGAGACACUUGCAAAGGUGAGUCACUUAAAUACUUGUAUUUACAUAAUUAUCUUCCUAUCACAUUUUUUUUAUUUGUCUACAGUGCUACUUUUACUUUCAGCUAAUUUGUUCCUUUCUCUGUCUGAUCUCCCACCCUUCUUAAAGUAGCUUUUUGUGAGACUCUUUAAGAUAUCCUACAUGGCAGACACAUCUUUUAAUUUAUUUAUGAACUAUCAGUAAAUAACAUGGUCAUAUUGCGCUUAUGCGGCUUCCAUUCAGUAUUAUUUGUUAAAAUGGAUGUCAUUAUUUAUUAAAUUGUGGACACCAUACAUUUUACAGUUAGAUAGCCAAGGCUUUAAAGCUUCUAACCAGAUACAAGUAUAACUACUUUCUCAGUAGUGGUGGUCUUAAUCUUUGGCUUCACCUUAUACAAAGGAUGCUAGUUGUCCUCUGUUUAGAAAAAAAAGGUUACUAUGUGAGAGCAAUUGACACUACAAACCCACCUAAAUGGCAGCUUUUGAAGGUUUAUCUUUAUGUGAAUAGCUAUGCAUUUCUAGCCUGUCUUGAGUGUAUUCAGAAAUUUGCUGCUUUAACAGUAGCAUGACCUAGUGCUGUAUACCAUUAUCUGUGCUCAGUGACAGAUCUUUGGGAUACAGGUAGGUAGCCGUGUUGGUCUGCCGUAGUCAAAACAAAAUAAAAAAAUUCCUUCCAGUAGCACCUUAGAGACCAACUGUUAUUGGUAUGAGCUUUCGUGUGCAUGCACACUUCUUCAAAUUCUUCAGAUCUUUGGGAAAUAGUGAUAUAAUUGACUACUUAGUGUGGGAGACCCACUCUUUCCCCCAUUUUGUAUUCAUUUGAUUCUGAAGAGCCUAAAUAUGGAUUUACAGUGGUUUUUAUAUCAUGGAAUUGUUAUGGUCCAUGAAGAAUCCAUGAAACUCCAGUAACCUGAAGUCCAGUUCCUAAUUAAAUAUAGCAUUACAUUUUUUCUUGCCUUUGCAUUUUGUCCCCUGUCUUUCCUACUUUAUCAGGCUUUGCAAGUCUUCCUUAGUCCUGUCAGUCCUUCUCUAUGUACCAUUUUACUUCUCCUCGGGGCCUACCACACAGUCACUAAAUACAUGUUGUGUUUAAUGGCUUCUGUCUCUCUGGUAGGGCAGGUUUUUUUCUUAUGGCUGGAAGAACAACAGCAAGACACUCACUAGGGUGGUAAAGAACAGAUAACUGCCACAGAAGCCAUUCUUGGUUGACCUUUCAAAUAUGGUGUGUGCUUCGAAGUAGGGCAACUUGGUCAGGAAGGCCUGCAAACUUAGCAAAGGCACAAAGGCAAAUUCUGCAGUGAUCACCAACCAUUGACCAUGCUGGCUGGAUCCGAUUAGAACUUGGAGACUGCUUUAUAGUCUACUAUCUUCAGUAGUCAGGGACGUGGGUGGCGCUGUGGGUUAAAGCACUGAGCCUAGGUCUUGCCAAUCAGAAGGUAGGCGGUUCGAAUCCCCGCGACAGGGUGAGCUCCCGUUGCUCGGUCCCUGCUCCUGCCAACCUAGCAGUUCGAAAGCACGUCAAAGUGCAAGUAGAUAAAUAGGUACUACUCUGGCGGUAAGGUAAACGGCGUUUCCGUGCGCUGCUCUGGUUCGCCAGAAGCGGCUUGGUCAUGCUGUAGACCGGCUCCCUCGGCCAGUAAAGCGAGAUGAGUGCCACAACCCCAGAGUUGGUCAUGACUGGACCUAAUGGUCAGGGGUCCCUUUACCUUUGCCUUUAUCUUCAGUAGUCAGUGGAACAGCAAGGUGAGAGGAAGGAGCAACUUACUCAAAAAGGAGAAGAGCCACAACUUGAUGUGAAUUAGCUUCUAAGCUGCUUUUGGUGGGAUGGAGAUAUAUGUGUGUGUGUGUGUGUGUGUGUGUGUGUGUGUGUGUGUGUGUUUUCCCAUUCACCAGAUUAUGCGGUUUCCUAUAAAGCUUUUUUUUUAAAAAUGAACAGCAUUUUUAGAAAAGUGUCCUGCUAUGUAAUUACAGAGACAUUAUAUUGAUCUAGUGUACUUGUUAUAAUUUGCCUCUGCUGUUUGUCAUAUUUGUUUCAGAUCCAGGCCAUCAAGAUGAUGGUUCGAUGGUUGAUAGGAAUGAAGAACAACCUCAGUAAAUCAGGAACUUCUACCCUGAGGUUGUUAUCAACGAUAUUGCACAGUGAUGGAGACCUGACAGAACAGGGGAAAAUUAGGUAUAUAAAUAAUGGAUGGAAAGCUAGUUUUUGGGUAAUUUAUUUCAGCUGGCAUAGAAAGUGGAAGCAUGUUAUAUCUCUGAUCCAGUGAUACGCAUGCAAAAUAGAAUGCUGCUGUGUGCUGCUGCACAUACGUGGUCAGCAUGGAGGGUGGUAGUGUUUAAACAGGUAAUUGAUGUUCUUAAACUGCCAACUGGGCCCUCUGUUUACUUGGCACAUGUGGCUGUGGAUUCCAAGUCCUUGAAGCUGUAGUAGAUACUGUACCAGUUUUUCUUUCUUCUUAAGGAAUUUUUGUUGUCAUUUAUCACUUUCAAAGCACAUAAAGUUUGCUAAACAUUGUGGAGAAAUCAGAAGAUAAGACCGUCUCUGCGCACAGACUUGCAGUCUAAUACACUGUGCACCAAAGAAAAAUGGAAGGAAAGAGGAAAGCAAACAAGUUUAUGUCGCAAUUUUUAUAGUUUGAAAUUGGCCUUGUUAUAUCUCAGCUUGUUAAGCCAAGAUAUGCAGAAGGUCUUUUUACCAUGCACAGAGCCCCUUUGCCCCUCACUUCUCUGCAAAUCACAAGUUAAUCCAAAGUCUCUAACCAAUCAUUAUUUUAUGUUUCGUCUGAGCUUUGAAACAACCUGGGCCAUGAUUAAACCAAUGUCAAACCAUGGUUUAGUAGCCUGGCAUGUCCCAGAGCUUGGCAACCAUAGUUUCCAGUUCAAACAAAAAUGGAAAACUAUGAUUUACUGAAGACUUCCUGGAUUAAUUGUGGCUCACGGGAAAGGGAGGAGUGAAACAGCUGCAUGCAGAGGCCUUUGGAUCUUUAAAGUUUGAGUCUCGGAUCCAAGCUAUUGGAUACAGUUGAAUCAUCUGGAUCAUUCAAAUGGAAAUCUUUAGUUUUAUUUUUCUGCUGCUAUUAUUUUUAUUAGUUUCAGCUUUUAAAUUAGGUUAGCUUAUUUGUAUUUCUUUUUUAAAAAGUUGUAUUUAUUUAUGCAAUUAAUUUUUUAAUAUAUAAUUUAAAAAUUGUUAAAACAGGUAGCUCGCGUCUCACGUGGGGGUUACGUUCCUGGCCAUCGCACAAAUAAGCAAUAUUGUGUAAAGCUCGCACGAUCCCCCAUAACUCACUCUACCUCCUGAGAUCUGGUCGUUAAGUUUACUUACUGAGGUCUUGGCAAGUGACCUAUCACACCCUCCCUGCAGCUUCACUUGCCUGCAGCUUCACUUGGAAGAGAAGGGGGGGGGUGUUUCUGUGCCCAGACCCCCUGCUGCCCCAUCUUUUGGCCCACCCCACCCGCUUCCUAUUGAAUUAAUUACUUCCCGGCCAAAUGCAGACAGCUGCAACCGCGUUAGUGAAAUAAAAGUGAGAUAUGAGUUACCUGUACUUAUUGUUCAUUUGAUACACUGUGAGCCGCUUUGGACACAAAUUCGGCAUGCAAAGUGGCAUCCAAAUAAACUACUGAUGGUGAUAUGUGAAGGCCAGCGCUCGUCUCUGCUUUAUAAGCUGAGCUAUGGUUGUUUGAAUACUGCCAUGCUGAGAAGGCAGAUCAUGUGAUCUUGUCAUGUGACCCUUCCUGCCUUUCGGGUACGUGUAAUGGGGGUUGUGAGAAAACGAAUGUGAGCCAAGCAUGAAGAGCCUUUGCACAAUAAUCUAAUGGUUAUUAUCCUAAUUAGCUCAUAUUCCGUUUCUUAUUUUUCAGCAAACCUGAUAUGUCUCGUCUGAGGCUAGCUGCUGCGAGUGCUAUUGUGAAGCUAGCCCAGGAGCCUUGUUAUCACGAAAUCAUUACGUUAGAACAGUACCAGCUGUGUGCAUUAGCUAUUAAUGUAAGUUAAAUAGAAGGGCAUUGCUGGGCAUUUGCAUGCUAAUUAUACAUAGCUUGACACAGUCAAAAUUUUACAGUGUUAACGUGUGCAGCAAAGUACAUUGGACUUCUAAGAAAAGGUGAACAUAUAGGGAACAAGUCAUUGUUGUAUAACAUCUUUUUUCCCCCCCAGGAUGAAUGUUACCAGGUUAGACAAGCAUUUGCUCAGAAACUUCAUAAAGGUCUAGCAAGGCUACGGUUGCCACUAGAGUAUAUGGCGAUAUGUGCACUGUGUGCAAAAGACCCCGUAAAAGAGAGAAGAGCGCAUGCGAGACAGUGCCUUGUGAAAAACAUCAAUGUGAGAAGGGAAUAUCUGAAGCAGCAUGCAGCAGUUAGCGGUAAGUACUGGCCUAAUAAUUUCUAGAUUAGGUUACUGUGCUGUGCUGUAUGUGGGGCUGCCCUUAAAGCCAGUGAGAGCCAGUGUGGUGUAGUGGUUAAGAGCGGUAGUCUCGUAAUCUGGUGAACUGGGUUUGCAUCUCCGCUCCUCCACAUGCAGCUGCUGGGUGACCUUGGGCUAGUCACACUUCUUUGAAGUCUCUCAGCCUCACUCACCUCACAGAGUGUUUGUUGUGGGGGAGGAAGGGAAAGGAGAAUGUUAGCCGCUAUGAGACUCCUUAGGGUAGUGAUAAAGCGGGAUAUCAAAUCCAAACUCUUCUUCUUCUUCUUCUUCUUCUUCUUCUCCUUCUCCUUCUCCUUCUCCUUCUCCUUCUCCUUAAAUUUCCUGGAAGCUCCAGCUGUGUAUGUGCAGGAGCAAGGUUUCUGACCAAAGUCAACUUUUGCCCAAUAUUGAUGUCGUUGCCUCUCAGUUAUUUCUAGGUUUAGGGCUGCAACUUUUUAAAGUCUUCAACCAGAAGUUGGAAUCUUCUGGCCACCCGCAUAUAUGCACUUGUCUUUGUGGACGUAUUUGCUUGAGAUUGAAAAUGAUUUAUAUUGGAAUCUAUAUAAAUUGAAUAUUCUUUGAUGGCUAUUACGAAGCAAUCCAAACCUUACUAUUUCCCCCCUCAAUUUUACACUUUCAGAAAAACUCUUGUCGCUUUUACCAGAGUAUGUUGUUCCGUAUACUAUCCAUCUUCUGGCUCAUGAUCCCGAUUAUGUCAAAGUUCAAGAUAUCGAACAACUGAAAGAUAUUAAAGAGUAAGACUUUCUAAAAAGAUCAGAUACAUUAUACAAUUGAUAGUAUGUGUCAGUCUGUUUUCAUAUGCUGAUUUGUAGUUUGUAUUAGUUUCGCUAAGGAAAUCGUUUUUUCAAUUCUCUCUUUUCCCAGACUAGAGAAAUCAGUUAAUUAUUUUUAACCAUUGUGAAUAGAGAAUCAUUGAAUUGUAAAGUUAGAAGGGACUUCAAGGGUUAUUUAGUCCAACCCACUGCAAUGCAGGAAACUAAGCUGAAGCAUCCAGGACAGAUGACCAUGCACUUUUGCAGAAUAUAUGGUUGUAUUUUCUGACAGUUUUAUAUUUAAUAAGGAAUUUUUCUUUUAGGUGUCUUUGGUUCAUAUUAGAAAUAUUGAUGUCUAAAAAUGAAAAUAAUAGCCAUGCAUUUAUCAGAAAAAUGGUAGAAAACAUCAAACAGACAAAGGAUGCUCAAGGACCCGAUGACCCAAAAAUGAAUGAAGUAAGUUGAAUUAAAAUAUUUGGAUGCUGCAAAUAGUUUUAGACCUAACAUGUCUCCAUCCCAGGAAUUAGGAUAAUUGAAGUGUGUGUGUGUGUGUGUGUGUGUGUGUGUGUGAGAGAGAGAGAGAGAGAGAGAGAGAGAGAUCAGUUACUCUAUUAUGAUUUUUGGACACCACAGUGCCUGCCCUGUUUCAAGAGUACUAUAUUAUUAGGUAUUAAGCUUUUUGUGAAGGUUGGCUGAGCAGCUGUGAUUAUCUAGGAUGUUCAUGCACAAUAAAUAGACUCAAUUAGUAUCUAUGUUAUACGAAUAAAACUUUUCAACAACAUGAACACAUGCAAGCAAACCCAUGCAAAUAAGAGUGAAGUCUAUGAACCACUGGGUCACAAGUCAGAUUCAUGCAACUCAUUGAUAGCUUCUGAUUCCUUGGGGAAGUUUCUUUAACAGAUUCCAGCUUGACUCAACAAUAGGCACUGGCUCUCCCAAGAUUGUUGUAAGAUAAAUGCAAUCCUUUAUUCUUGCUCUGUCAUUCUUUCUAUAAUUGUAGGAAUUUAUUAUAAUCAUAGAGAGAAUCAUUGACCCACAAGGGUCAUCUAGUCCUCCACUGCAGGAAUCUUUUUGCCCAACACAGGGCUGCUGCUGCUGCUUCUUCUUAUCAGCUGUGCUUCUCUGUGAGAUAAUGUUGUUCAAAAAUCAGCCUUGGCUCCAAAAAUCCAAAGAAACAGCCCUUUAUCAUAUCAUAGGAUGUUCAUGAACAUCCCAGCUGAUUUGCUUGAAUUGUGCUUGGCAAUUGUAUAAGAUGUUCUUAAGCUGCUGCUUUAUAAAUUUUGUUAGUUUUUUUUUUAAAAAAAUGUAUUUCAUAUUUCUCAUAACAAGCAAUUGGGGACCCAUUUCUUAAUCAUUUACCAUAUAUUUACGUGGUUGCCCUGCUCGUGCUGUGAUCCACUUGGAUCAGGCUGAAUCCCGACCCACCAGUUAAAGUGCUGUAAAAGGUGGAACUUAUUGGGCAGUGUGUUCUUUCAGGAUAAAAUGAAUUUUGUAUUCUACUUUUCUCUUAUACUGAAAGUUGAUUCCAUUUUUCGUAGAACUGAAAUGGGGGGGGGGGGGGGCUGGACCAUUUUAUCCCUCAGAUAAUCUGGAUUCCAUAGUUGCAGGCAUUCAUAUGCCGAGCAGAGGUGACAUUAUGUCAUACGCUGCAAUAUCCAUUUCCCUCAUGUAGAUUGAUGGUGUUACAAAAUAUAUCUGAGCUUUUACAUACAAAACUUGCUUUAAUUAUAGUACUCUAGAUAUUUUGACUGUCUCAAACAAUAAUUCUCUAAGUUUGACCCUUUCAAUACCUUUUGUGUUAUAAUUUAGGAUGUUUUCUGAUAGUGUUCAAAAUCACUUUCUUUCCCUCCCCCAGAAACUUUACACAGUGUGUGAUAUAGCAAUGAACAUCAUAAUAUCAAAGAGCACAACAUAUAGUUUGGAAUCGCCCAAAGACCCUGUACUUCCAGCUCGGUAUUUCACUCAACCUGACAAGGUAAAAUUUGGCUUGUGGAUUGGGACCUUUCCUUGCUGAAUUGAGAAGUGAAGCCUACAGGUAUGGGUUAGCUCUUCUGGAAGGCAAGAACAAAAGUUUUGACCCUGCUUUCCAGAAGAGGAGUGAAGCCUUACCUGCGUGCUCCACUCUUUGCUGACCAGAAUAACAUUUCAUGGUAAGUGCAACUUAUUACAAAGGGUAGCUGUUUUGUUCUAUGGCAGUGGUUCUCAACCUGUGGGUCCCCAGAUGUUGGACUACAACUCCCAUGAUCCCUGACCACUGGUCAUGCUGGCUAGGAAUGAUGGGAGUUGUAGUCCCAUCUGGGGACCCACAGGUUGAGAACCACUAUUCUAUGGUAACAAAACAACAUAGUAUCUGGAGGGCUCUCAAUUUUAUAGACUUGAAAGAUUAAUAAAUUCUACUCCAUAAUAUUGUGUAUAACACAGGGUAUUCAGUCUUUAUAAAGUGCUGCUGGGAAACUGGCUGUUUUUCAUUAAAUUUAUCUGCUACCGUGAACAUAAUAUUGAAUCAAAAAUCUGUUCUGAUACCUAUAAAAAUAAAGCUCUUUUUACUAGUGUGGCUCCCAAGAGCCAACCAAGGAUACUGACUAAACUGCUAUUGAAAUAUUUCUUCUAAUUAGUUUUGUUUCUCUUUGCAGAAUUUCAGUAAUACCAAAAACUAUCUGCCUCCAGAAAUGAAAUCAUUUUUCACGCCAGGAAAGGUGGGCUUUUGUAUAUACCUACUUAGUAUUGCACCAAAUUAAACUUAUUUGUCUCACUCCCCCCUUUUUAUUAAAUGAGGUUUUUUUUAAAAAAAGAAGAAGAAGAAAAAACUCUGCAGAUUAGGAUGGUGGUUUUUAGAUGAAACACACAUGAGUACCAGGGAGCUGGCUUUUAAAAAUGCCUAGAAAAUAUAAUAAAGUUAUUUGUCUAGUGCUGGAAAACAUAAAGAGAACAAACCAGACAAGUUACCUUUGGAGAAGCAUUUCAGAAUGCGGUGCCACAUACCACCUAAUUUUUUUGGGGGAGCAUCAGGAGAAGGCCCUACAGUAGUGAUUUCAAUGCACAGGCAGGUACAUGUGACCAAAAUUGUCCUUUAGGUAGCCAGGUACAAUUUGAAUUGUUCUCGGAAGGUGAUUUAGACCCAGCGUGGUGUAGUGGUUAAGAGCAGUGGACUCGUAAUCUGGUGAACUGGGUUAGAUUUCCUGCUCAUGCAGCUGCUGGGUAACCUUGGGCUAGUCUCACUUCUCUGAAGUCUCUCAGCCCCACUCACCUCACAGAGUGUUUGUUGUGGGGGAGGAAGGGAAAGGAGAAUGUUAGCCGCUUUGAGACUCCUUCAGGUAGUGAUAAAGCAGGAUAUCAAAUCCAAACUCUUCUUCUUCUUCUUCUUCUGAUUGGCAACCACCUGGUCUCAAAACUGUUUUCCCUAGUCCCUAUUUCCAAUUAGCAACCUAUUCUAAAUUAAUAGACAUUUCCAGUGUACAAAAUGCUAUAAUGCACUGCAGUGAACAAGUAUUGAGAGCAGGGCAUGGAUAUGUCUGACUUUGCUCGUGGAAGAUGUUAUGGGCGCAAGACUACAACACCUUAGGGGCAACUUUGUCUAGCCUUUUGUCUUGUCUUGAAACUUAAUUUUUCAAGCUGUAUACGUUAGGCUCUGGGAUUGCCUACUGUAAACUGCAGGUUUGAAGAUUGGUUUGUUACCCGAGAGACGGAUAUUCCUAAUACUAAAAAUAAUAAGCUGAAACUGAGAAUUUGCUUUCCCCCCUCCACCAGCCCAAAGCUGCCAACGUUCUUGGAGCAGUUAAUAAGCCUCUUUCGUCAGCUGGCAAGCAGUCCCAAUCCAAAUCUUCACGAAUGGAAACCGUAAGCAACGCCAGCAGUAAUUCAAAUCCAUCCUCACCUGGAAGAAUCAAAGGGAGGUGGGUACACAGCAAAACGAUUAGAUUGUCAGUAGUUAAUAUAUAAACCCUAUGUAAAACUUUCCCUCAUACUGGUAUUAUUUAGUGGUAUACUAGUGUUAACUUCCAGAGGAGUGUCAUUUUUUCUAUUUGAUGCAACAAAAUGUGCAGCCAAAUUGGCAAUUGGAUCUUUAAAUAGCCACAGUUGGGCGGGUGGGUGCCACUAACGGUAAUCUUAUUGCAAUGUUGGCUCUAAUCCAUUUCUUUGAGCCUGCUAUGUCAUUUCUGCGACAGCCAUAUGCUGUCAUCAUUGCCUGCCACAUCUGUUAAAUGAAUGAAAUGAAUCAAUCAAUCAAUCAAUCAACGCUGACAUUCUUGAUACAACUUGGCCUACCAGGAUAAUGUAACAAUAAUACUCAAAAGCAUGCCAAGUUACAGAAUUGUAUAUUAAGCUACUUUCUUUUUUUUAAUUUGAAGCAGGUUUUUGUUUAGGUCUAAAUCAGGCUUCCUCAGCCUUGGCCCUCCAGGUGUUUUGAGACUACAGUCGACCUUCAUCCCUGACCACUGAUCCUGCUAGCUAGGGAUCAUGGGAGUUGUAGGCCAAAAACAUCUGGAGGGCCAAGGUUGAGGAAGCCUGGUCUAAAUUUUGCCGUUAGCUGUACUGUGUGGCUUCAAUUAAGCUGAGGUUGCUGUAUUUCAGCCUAAUGUUCCUUAGGAUAGUGAUGUGCUAAACAACAUGAGAAUUUCAGUUACCAUGUACCAAGAGAAAGUGCUCCAUAAUAAUAAUUUCACAGAACUCUUGUAUCUCUGGUCUUACGCAGAUGUAACAUUGCCUUAUGACUGGCAGUGCCUCUCAGGGUUUUGAACCCAGAGCCUUCCCGGUGCAAAGAAUGUUCUCUCCUACUGAGACCCUGCCAUUCCCUCUGCUACUUCCAUACCGGAGAGAUAUUGUUGGGCAUGGGGUCCUUCAUAAAGGCAGAAUCCUACAUGCUCCCUUGCUUGCUAUAUGAGAUCGCCAUUAUUUUUCUUCCCAGUUGGGUGGGGUGGAACAGAACCGCAGAGCUCUUUACUGAAAUGGCAACACAGAAAGUGCAGAAGUGAAAUCUUUUGUUGCUGGAGUUAGCCAGUGCUGAUAGACAAAACACAGGUGCAAUGGGGGCUGAUGCCCCUGGUGGGAGAAGGGGAGAAGCCUGCAGGCUUGUUCUUUGAGAUUUCCACAACAACAGUGGUGGAAGGAGAAAAAUAAGCUCCUUUAUUUCCCCUCGCCUGCCAUCAUUGUCUGCCACAGGUUUCCCCCUCCUUCCUGGCCUUGCUUGUCCACCUGCUCGGUCGAACUGUCCCCCCCCCCCCCCGGCUCAAGUGAGCCAUGGCUCAGGCAAGGCACAAAGGAACAGAAGGGUUGGGUGUGGCAGCUCCCCAGCAACCAUUCUGCUCUGCUGCCACUGAGGCUGCAGUGGUGGCAUUGGCAGGAGGUGCACAGCAACGACAGAGCAGGGCGAUUCCUGGAGAUUUGCCAUGAGCUGUCCUGGCUGUUCCUCUGCGUCUCCCCUGGAUUACCCACCACCCACGCUAGUUGCCUGGGCUGCCCACCGGCUUCUCUGCCAUCGUGCUGCAGUGUGCCAGCAUCAUUACAAUUCUAUUGUAUAGUAAGAAAUGCAUCCUAUGAAACAAGCUGAUGUAUGGAUAGGACUUGUUUUUCAGUGACUUCCUUUGAGUUGAAAUGGAACAAAAGGGAAGCUAUUUUUCCCUACUUGAGAGGGGUAUUCCUGUUCCUCUCAUGGGCAUAGCCAGGAUUUUCGUGGGUGCAAAACCUCAGAUUAGUAUUGAUUUUUAUUGAUUUGGGAGGGGCAGCUGUCCCCCAGCUACUCCUCAAGCAUUGGGGUCACUUGGAUCAGGUUUUAGUCCCCAGUGAAUGUACCCCUUUAUUGUCUUCCUUUUAAGUGAAUGGAUGCCAUUCCUUCUUUUGGGAAAAAGUGUAUUUUAGGACAACAGUGCACUGAAGGUAGACUUUGCCUGCUAGGUCUUCAAGAGGCAUAGUAUAUUUAUGGUAUAGCACCUGUCCUCCCACCCCUGGUAUUCUUGAAAUAUGCAGGUAUAUCUUGGAGGCUAAUAGAAAUAUGUUUAAACAGUUUUAAGUUAUCUAAAGUUUGUUGCUUUGGGCCUUUUCCUGAAGCCAUUGUUAAUUUGAUACUAAAUCAGAAGUGGCAGAAUUAAUGAUAUUUCUAAAAAGUAUUUGAAUAUGUGUGUUACAGACUUGAUAGUACUGAAAUGGACCACAGCGAAAAUGAAGACUAUACAAUGGCUUCGCCUUUGCCUGGAAAGAAGAAUGACAAGAGAGAUGAUUCUGAAAUUGUAAGGAUGAAUUAAGUGUAUUGUGGUUUCCCCCCCUCCAGUAGGUAUCUAAAUAAAGAGAGAAAAAAAGAAUACACUUGAAAAUUUAAAAUGGCACCAGCUUUUGAAAAUUAGCACAUUUGCUUUUGGAGCACCAGCUCCGGUCAAUGCCUGUCCACAUAGCCAGUGGUUAGCAAGGGUGGAAGUAGGAGUCAAUCACAUCUGGAGGGCACCAGUCUGGGCACAAUAUGAACUAAGAAGAUGCAAAGCUGUUUAGGUUCCAUAGGUUACACUUGCUGCAGGUUUGGUUUUGCACAUUCUCAGGCAGGAGGGAAAACAUGCACAGGUGUUGCAAGUCACUGCAGCAGCUCCCUUGCUGCCCAUGUCUCUUGGUCCUACAUACACCAUGAGACAGCACUCCAGGCCUUUCCCUCAAACACCCCUCCCCCUCAGAUCAUGUGCUUUGCCACACCCACAAACAAAGAGACACAAACAACCCAUAAUCACGCCUCAGCAACCAGCCUUAAUCCAAAAGUCAAAAUCUCACUCUCUUCAGUCUCUUCCACCAAUACAUUGAAAAUGCCCCCUUUACAUGUCCCGUUCAUGAACUCCCAGAGAUUGCAAGCAGCUAAGAAGAACUGCUGCAGGCUACUAACUCCUCCCCCUACUCACUUUAACCUUGCUUUUAACCCCCUCCCCCUCAGAUUAUGUGCUCUCACAAUACAGUGGUACCUCUGGAUGCAAACGGGAUCCGUUCUGGAGCCCUGUUCGCAUCCUGCAGUGAACGCAACCCACGUCUGUGCGUGCGUGGGUUGCGAUUCGCCGUUUCUGCACAUGCGGGUGACGUCAUUUUUAUCGUCUGCGCAUGCGUGAGCGGCAAAACCCGGAAGUAACGCGCUCCGUUACUUCUGGGUCACUGCGGAGCGCGACCCGAAAAUACUUAACAUGAAGCUACUUCAAACCAAGGUAUGACUAUAAAGCCAAAAAGGUUAAGAGAUAAGAUUUUAAGUUAAAAGGACAAGAUACUGCAGCCCAUUUUAGGAGAGCGUCACUUGAUCUUAAAUCUGUUUUUCCGAAGUAGAAUCUUCGGGAAAGUAGAUAUUUGAUGGGAGAAGUAAUUUUCUCUUUGUUCCUUAGUCAGAUCUGGAAAAGCCCAGAGGAAGGAAGAAAAUCAUUACAGACUCAGAAGAAAAGUUGGGUAUAGAUGACCUGAAUAAACUGGGGCAAGAACCAAAACUUAGGAGUGGUCAGCGUGGGAGAAAGAGAGCAGCGGCCAUUUCAGAGUCUGAGGAACCUCAGUGGUCGGAGGAAAAGAGACUAAAGGAAGAUGUGCUAGAAAGUGAAGAUGAGCAAAAUAGCCCACCAAAGAAGGGGAGAAGAGGGCGACCUCCCAAGGCUGCUACGCAAAAGGAAGAGCCAAUAGUAAAGGCUCCUAAAAGAGGUAGGAAAAAAGCCACACCAGUAAAACCUGUAGAGGAAGAAGAGGAGGAGGAAGAGGAGGAGGAGGAGGAAGAAGAAAGGCAAAAUAUCGAGCAGAAGCCAAAAGGUCGGCAGUACAAGACACCAAGGAAAGCACAACAGAGGUAUUCCCCCUGUUUUGAUAUCCGCUUUCUAACUUUCAGCCUCUUUUAAUUCUAAAUCUGCUGUGUAACUUUGAGAUAUGCUUCCCAAACAGGUCUGAAUCAUCUGAAAUAAGUACAGCUGAAUCGAACCAAUCCACACCACAGAAAAGGCGAGGGAGACCACCAAAAACACCACCGUCGCAGCAGAAAAAAGGGUGAGUGUGAGGUGAAUUUAAUAUGGGGUACAUUAAAUUUAGUUUUAAAAUUUUGAUACCUCAGAUAAUUCUGCCAAAAUAGUUAACUUGCUGGGCAGUGCUCUUAAUGUCCCUCCAGAGUUUUGCAGCAACCUUUGAACAUGUAUGCACUGUAAGGGCUUACGGGAAAUAAGUUCAGUUUUGCUUAAAUGCUGUGAUGACCUGUGCUUAACACUCCUCGAUUAAUACACUUGAUUUGUGGUUUGCCAUUUUAGAAGAGCUGGACGGUCAAAGCAAACAGCAAGUAAAGAAAAUGAAUCAACUGAAGAGAUGGAUGUAUUUCAAAGUAGUUCCCCUGUUCAGGACAUUCCCCAAGAAGUCACAAUGGAGGAAGAGGAAGUUUCUACAGUCAGAGUAAGCAAAUGUUUGUGUAUUGCAGCUACCUAUUAAAUCUGUUCAUUUCAUUUCCCUCCAGUUUGAAUUAUUUUAUUACAUAUAACUACAAAUGUUUCAAGAGGUACAGAAACAAACAAUGGCAUGCCUGCCUGUUUUAACAUCAUUUGAUAAUCACAUGUCUUAAAGUUUGAUCUUCAGCAAAGAGACACCUUCUGUACCUACAUUUACUGUGGGAAGUGAAAUGAAUGGAUUUUAUUGUGGGGUAGGCCAAUUAUUUACAUGCCACACUACAAGAGAAGUGAGCACAGUGGGAAUCUAAGUUACCUGUGCUUAAUGGGAUCCAAUGUCUUGAUCCAAAUAAGCACUCAUUACAUGAUAUAUUACUAGUAAGCCUCACCAUCUUCCUGAUUCUGCCUAGUCCCAUUGAAAUCAACUCUUUCAUGAUACCCCUCUGAAAUAAAUGAAUGGAACAAGUUUUUUUAGGGUUGCCAUAUUUCAAAAAGUGAAAAUCCGGACACAAAUGUUGUUGAGGUUUUUUUUUUUGCAAAAUCUCUCCUAAAUCCCCCCCCCCCCCCCGAAGUUCUGUUUUAGGAAAUUCAUGAAAUUAAAACAACUCUUCUAAUAUGGCCUACCAUGGGUCCGGGUUUUCAAAAAUUCUGUCCGGGCACCAUUUGACGGGUGAAUGGCAGCCCUAGUUUUUUGGCAUUAAACCCAUCAUCUUUUCAGGGAGCAGAACAUUUUCAUGUAGUAAUGGUUAUUUUCUCCUAUAUCUAAAUCACACUUUUAAAAGGUUAUUUUAAAACGGGCACAGGCAAACUCAGCCCUCCAUAUAUUUUGGGACUACAACUCCCAUCAUCCCGAACAGGACCAGUGGUCAGGGAUGAUGGGAAUUGUAUUCCAAAAAAACAUCUGGAGGGCCGAGUUCACCUAUGCCUGUUUUAAAAGGUACCUGGAAGUACAAACCAGGGUUGAUAAGGAGCCAUUGACCACCCAGCUGCAACAAUUUAAGAUGAAUUUGGGUUGUGAGUCCCAUUUCUGCUUUUGGUUCUUGAUGGAGCAGGUGGUGAUUCGUGUGGAAGCCUGUUUAGAUAGACCUCUUUUCUGGAUUAGAGCCUAUAACUCUUCAUCUGGUGUUUUUCCCUCAGGUGAGCCGGAGGACAUCCAAAAGGGAAAGGCGAUGAACAAUCCACGUUCCCAGCCUUUGAAGUGAAGUCUUUUUGAAGAAUGCUCUUAUUAUGCAUAGUUUCAGGCUGAAGGAAGCUGUUGGUGCUCAGAGUGGGGUUGCUGAAGGAAGUUAGACCAAUCUUUUGUUUCCCGCCCUUGCAUUUGGAGUUCCUAGGUCACAAGCAUAAGCCACACACAUGUUAAUAUCAUUAACUGUGGGUUCUUGUGAAGUGUAAUGUGCACUGGCUAUAUAAACACAUGGAGUAAAGAAACCACCUGUAAAUAAUCCUUUUUUAAAAAAAGAAAUGUUUCUGACUUCUAAAGUGCUUGUAUAGCUUUUACAGCGGCUUUAAACCUGACAGUACCAGACUGUUUGUUAGAUAUGUUUAUUUCGAAAAAGGGAGGGUUGGGGGGGAGUUAGAAUGGAUAUCAAGCAAUAUCUGUCAGUGUCUGUAUUUUUAUUUUUAUUGGCAUUUAACUGUGAACAAAUUAUCAGCUUGACAAAUAGUGACACUUCUGACACUAUUUGCUUGAAAAAGGAAAUACAUGAUCUCUUUAUCUUUAUGUAUCUAAUCCAGUGUUUACCUUUGGCACCCAUCUGUCUUCGAAGGUGCCAAAUUGAUUUUGAAUGAUGUGGGAUAAAAUAAUACAGCCAGAUGCAGAUUUGUGAAAGUCGAUUCAUUUUAUGCACCUCAGUAUUGAUUCCAGACUCCUGGACCUCUCGUGGCAUUGAGCAUUAAAAAAAAAAAAAAAGAUUUAAUAUGUUAAUUUUUUAUGUGUUAAUAAAUAAUGUAAUGAAAUCCUAUCCCCUUAUUUUUCCUUAUUGGUUUAAUCUGCUGUAUCAAUAAAAUUCUGUAACUGAAUUUUUAAUAGUCUAGUAUGUCAAUGUGUAUAUUUCCUCUUGAACAUUAUGUUCACAAAGAGCAAAUUAUUACAUUAUAAUAUGAAACCUGGUACCUGAACUUUAGUGAAAAAGCAGGUUUUAUAACCAUGUAAAAAUCGGAAAGAAAAUUUUAUUGAUGCAGUCUGUCUUUAUAAAGCUGUUCUUUCUUCAGAGCCAAGUGUUUUGUAUUUCACAGUGAGUUGCAUGUUUAUGAGAAAAAUGUAAUGAAAUUGCAAUGUAAUUUUUUAAGUCUUAUCUGGCUGUAGGAUAUGCUACCUUGCCUCAUGAGAAGAACGUUCUACCAAGAGUUUAUUGUACUUUCUUCUUUGUUAACCAAAAUUUUUAUUUUUGUGAGUGAGGUUAUGGGCAGUUAGGGGGUGGGACUUAGGAGGGCCGUGUUUUCAUUUGAAUGAUCAGCUGCAGAAUAUUCCAGUCAGGGUAUUCAAAAUCUGUAUGAAGCUUCACUUUAUGUCCUACCUUAAAGUGAUUGAACUUUGUUUCUGGAGUAAAAUUACAAAAAAGUAAAAGAAAAGAAAAGAACAACUAGGGGAAAACUCCUUAAGGCAUUGUCCUGUAUUCAGUUUUACAAACUGUCUUUGAACCAAAAUGUAUAGGUUACUAUUUAUGCUUAGCCAAGCACACUUUAUAGUUUUAACAUGCUGUUUUCCUCCUGCUUACUAGCAGUAAAUGUAAAAGAAUCUAAUUUUAACUUAUUAAUAUUUUAUCUCAUGGAAUAAUGGGACAUUGUCAUAAAAUUAACAAAAGGCAUCCUUUUAAGUUAUAAUUCCAAGGAAGUUUAUGCUGGGGAAGGGAUGUGAGACAUCAUGGUAGUUAGCAAACAUGUUUGCAAGUAUAUUUUUCAGAGGUGAUUCAACUUUUUUCUAAGCUUUUUUUUAUUAUAUAAUUUGUAUUGAUUUGUAUUAUUAUUCAGCAGCAGCAAUAGACAAAGCCAGACAGUUUGUGUUGAUCAAGCUGUUCUGAUUAAGUGCUUUUUGUAGUGGCUCUUUUAGCUAGUAAUUACUGUUCUUCAGCUGUGCUAUAUUUUUAUGCCCGUAGUUCUGGGUAAACAGCUGUCUGAAAACAUUAGCUGAAGGUAGCUCAGAUGACUUCACUUAGAAACUUCCCUAGCACAAAGUAACCUCAGUGGUUCACAAAGUUUAGCAGUGCAAAUGAGAGUUUUUAUAUCCUAGGGGGGUGGGAAAAGGAAGUUAGCACCGCAUUUUCUUCACUGACAAUAUUGCACUGACAACAUUUACGGAGUAUAUAUCUUAAGACCAUUUUAUACAAAGUAUGGAACAGAUAUUGAAACUACUUGCAGACUGUUGAAGAUUUAUUUGCAUGAACAUAGUUUGGUCAUAUUUCCAUUAAUAUUGCUGCACAUCAGUUAAUCAUAAAAUGCCAAUGUUUAAAUUUAAUCUAUAGUUUUGCAGUUUAAAUGUUCAUUUCUUGCAUUUUAAUGUGUAAUUGGGAAAACAGGUGCAGAUGACAAUGUUUAUAAACCUUUUAGGUUUUAUCCUCCUCAUACACGUAUAAUGAAUAUCUUAUGUACUAACACUUUGAGAUCUGCAUACAGUAGCUGCAGUAAAAUAAUGUAUAAAGAGACUAUACGCUAAGAUUCAGUUAGCGUGCUCUUCAAUUAUGUUCAGUUUAUAGUAUGUACUGUAUAACAUUAAACAGUCAAAUUGAACUCCC